AUGAAGAAAGGUAACUAAAUAAGGUAAGAUCGGUUUGUCGUAACUUUGGUGUUGCUGUAUAGUAAUUAAAUUAACGUAAUUAAGUAUUACGUAUUAAGUAAUUAAAUGGCACGAAUUUUAUACAAAUCACGGCUACACGGAAAAAUAACAAUACAAAAUAAAUAAUAAAUCAUAAGAAAAAAAAACCUCGAAUCUGCGGAGCGCCAACUGGUUUACUCUAAAACCUAUAUUAUAAUAAUUGGACAUAAACAUAGAAUUACAAUUAUAAUUUUUUCCUCCAAAAUGUUUUGGUGGCAAUUCGUGCCGGCGACGAUUACCGUGCGCAUACAAUAAACACAAUAUCUAAUUAUUCGGUGAAUCUCGCACGGGCUAGAUUUCUAAUGUAAAAGUUGUUACAAAAUAUGAUCGAAAAAAACAUCCCACACAUCAUAGUAAAACCAAAACAUUUCUCACUGCCCUCAGAAUCUAAAAUUAAUUUCCGUCGUUUAAAUAGUUAAUAAAUACAGUUAAGGUUGUAGUUUACGAUCAAGUCUUAUUUUUUCCCCAGUAGCCAAGGUAAAUCAGUUUAAGAAAUACCAAAACUAAGGGUCUAAGAGGUACUAAACGCCCUUGGCUCUUUGAAGUGCCCCUUUUUGAAUUGAGGAUUUCAAAACAGCUCUAAAUAUAAGCAAAAUACUUCCGAACGGGAAUUCCGCAUAUAUUUUUUUAUAGCACACACCACUUUUUCGUGAAACAAAUAGCUCCAGAAUCUUAAAUAUAUUUUUUAAUCGCCGUUCCGGAGUGUCGCGAGUGGUUUUCGGUCCUACCGGUGGUGGCCGGGCGUGCAAGCCGGAAGAAAAUUAUAAUAUUAUACGCUGACGCUGCAUUUAUGGUCUUGCGCGCGCGCACACGAGGAAGCCACUAGCUCCGCGGUCGCCGAACGCAUUCUUGUCGGCGGCGGGGGCCACUUGCGGCGUCGCGCGUCGUCCCUUCGCUUCCAGCCGAUGCGUUCGUAUAUUUGCGUGUGUGCGUGUGCGGUGCGAGUAAAUUACAAAAGCGCGCUCCACGCGCGCGCACACACACGCACACACACACACGCACACACACGCGCGCGCACACACACACACACACACACACACACACACACACACACGGGUGCCCGAGACGACACCACCGCUGCCGCAGCCGACGACGACGCCUCCAUCGUCCUCCGCCUAAUACUCCUACACCUCCGCCGUCGCCACCAACACUUCUUCAUCCCGCACAAUUUACACCGCGCCGCGGCUGCUCCGCCGACGGUUUCGGAAAACCGUGCGGCACCGCCGCCACCACCCCCGAUGUAUUGAACGCGUCCGCGCGACGGCCACGCAUGCGCACCGCCGCUGGCGUGGCGGCACCCCCGUACAUAUAUAGAAGCGAGUGGCCCAGGGCCCGCGCGUUUUGAAAACCGUCCCCGGGAGUGCAACAGGAGGGCCCGCGGUCGCGCCGACACCGGUAUAGGUACCAACGACGACGACGACGACGACGGGACUUCGGACGAGCGCACGCGCGCGCCGCCGUGACUUCGGCUACUCUUCGCCGCACGACAGCGCGUUCGGUGGUAGUACAUAAUUUCACACUGUAUAGUAACGGUAGUAACGGUCCUGAUACUGUCCGAACGCCGUCGCCACCAACGUCGUAGACGCCACCCGGUCUGCCGCUGUUUCCGUCGUCGUCUCCCCAGCGAGUACCUGUUACGUACUAUUUAUCUUCGCACGGUAAGUUUUCCGCUUUUGUUGUUUUCUUUGUCGAUUAACCGCGAAAACUUCGCGUCUUUGAAUUCUCUGUGUACUUACCCAACAGCAUAUUAUUUAGGUACACGUUUUGAUUUAAAUCAGUACAUAAUGUGUACAGAUGAAAACCGCUUACAGUUAAACGUAGAUUCGAAUUUUGAAUUAUGAUUAUUUCAAAAUAAAAAAUAUAUAUUAAAAACGUGAAUAUUUUCUUUUACGGAUUCACGACGAUUUGAAAUUAUUUGAUGUUGCACAAAACCGAAAUUAUGUUCCGUAGUCAAUUAUAAUAUGAUAUUUUAACACGUUUUUAUACGCGUACAUAAUGUUUCUCUAUAACUGCCAGAACUUGUUUAUAACUUAUAUACCGAAUAUAUACAAGUGUUUCUGAAAGGUAACAAUACAACUACAAAGUUAAAUAAUAUACAAUAAAAAUCGAUUUGAAUAAGUCUAUGUUCAAUCGUAUUCGAAUUCGAUAUUUUAAUUAUUGUAAAACGCGUACGUCUUUUAAAUCGUUCGCGUAUAUAAUAGAUAUGUAUAAAAAUUUAAUUGUAACUAUAUUAUUAUAAUAUAUUUUUUUUUUUUGUAUAUGAAAUUUAUUAGUAAUAGUAUAAUAUAGUAUUAUGGUGCCUAUACACUAUUGUUCGACCGGAAAAAAAAAACAUGUCUAGAAAUAAUAUUAUUUUAUUCCGCUAUUAUAAGACAGUAUUAUGUAUUCGUGAAUAAUUUAUUAAUUUAUUUUUCACGUAUACGAAACGACGAAUAUGCAUAUUAUCAUUUCGUGUACAUGGGCGUCCAUUGGGUCCCUUCUCACCCCACUCCCCUCACACCCCUACCGCUACUCGGUAAUGCCAUCUAGAUUUUCCGUACUUACGUUUGCGACACAAUGUUAACCGUAAGAACAAAAAGGUCAUUGAAAAAUACAAUAUAACAAUAAAAAAAAUUUUAAAAACACUCUGUCCCCGGCCCGCGGAUUUUUGAAGAUAUACGUCCUAAGUAUAUUGUCCAUGUGUAAUUCCAAAAUUUAUCGAAUGAAUUCUACAAGAUAAAAAAAAUACAUAUUUACAUAUAUAAUGUAUACGAUAUUCAUAACACCGGUGUACGACUUCUGGACGUCGUCGAUGUUCACAUAUAGUUUAUUCGACUUUUCUUUUCGACUAUGAUUUUCGGGCGUUCCCUCCCUCUCCCUAUGCAUUAUUUCCGAGACUAGUCUGUUCGUAUAACUCGUAUAACCCAAUGCGUUUUAAUGAGAUCAAAUCGCGAAAUGAAACUCUUAAUCAUAAUAUCGAAUAGGUAGACGUCGACUGCAAGCGGAUAAUAUUUUAAUAGUAGGUUAGUUUCGUUUCGUGACUUACGGGGGAAAUUUGCGAAAUACUUUACUCGACGAGACGUUAAAACAUUGGUAAUAAGAGUAUUCGUAGUGUAGACUGAAUGGAGAAAAAUAAAUCCAAAGACUCUGUCCAUUAUAGCUUCUGACGCGAGAUAGAGUAGGGAUGGACAGAAAUCAUUGAAAAGAGUAACAGAGUUUAUACAUUUGAGCGGUCUGAGCGGAUUUUCUUAUUAUGAUAAUAAUUAUUCAUCAUUUCAUUAAAUUAACGUCGGAACUACUAAAUUCUUUAUAAAAACCAAUGAUCGGGGGGAUUACGAAAAGAAUCGUUAUUUACGUUAAUUCGUUUUCUUUUCCCGGGACACCUGUAUCGAAGCCGUAUCCGGGGGUUUUAGGAAUUAAACCCCUUCUGAAAUUUUCUCAAUAGUAUUGUUUGUUAUUUUCAAGAUUAAUUUUGAUUGCAUUUAAUGUACAUGAUUUAAUGUACAUGAUUUAAUUUAAAACCUACCCCGAAAAUGUGGUCCUACUACAGACUCGCCCUGUAUUAUACUUAGUUAAGUUUGUUUUACUUGAAGUUCGUUUGUUAUAUAAUAUAUGUACGUGUAAUUUGUUAUGUUUCACAUUUUUCUUUUUGUUUUUUUCUUUUUUUUUUUACGCACAAUUAAUUCGUCUCGGGAUCCGACUGUUUGCUCGGAGAGUGCUCUUUUUUUCCUCGUUUUUUAUAUUUACUCGUGUAGUUGGUGUAUGCGUAAAUCUAUUCUUCGUUUAAUCCGAUGAGCCGGAUCCGAACCAAAAAAAAUCAGAAAGAAUUUUAUAAUUUACAUUCGACGUCAAAUAAUUUAUUUAGAAUUCGUUUUUCGGGUCGAUUCUGGGAGAGUUCGGUAAACGUUUCUCCGCUCUCCCUCACUCCCAUCUCCGGUAUAUACAUCCGCCCGCUGGGACACCGUUGUCUUUAUAUAGGGUGGGGCGGAAUUCCGGAAUUACGGUUUUUUGUAUUUUCGCUUUCGGGAGUUAUAAAUAACGAUUCUUUUCGUAAUCCCUCCGAUCGUUGGUUUUUAUAAAUAAUUUAGUAGGUCCGACGUUAAUCUAAUGAUGAAUAAUUAUUAUCAUAAUAAGAAACUCGGAAAUCGUUUUCCCAACGAUAAUACUAUAGCAUUUUUACAAAACCGCCCGAAAACUUCAAUCGACCACGUAUAUCAUGUUCGGGAACCCUGUAUAUCGAGAGUCUGGUCCUCCGAUCGUCGUUAACGUCGUUUCGUCCGUUAGGUUAUUAAGGUAACUUCGUUAGUAACCCGAAGCGUGCAGUGGAUACAAUAUAUUAUCAUUAAAAUAUGACCUAAUCCGAAUUACUAUCGCCCCGUGAAUGUAUCGUCGUCAUGACACUUUCAUACGAUCGCGGUCUCCGCCGAGACAAUUUGCAUGGUCCGAAGACGUGAUAUUGACCCUUACAGCCCGACUAUAUAAAGGGAAAGGACAUGCGAUGGAGACUUAUCAAACAGCACCCUUAAACACGAAUAUUUUAGUUUUCCCGAGUAUACUUAGUCAAAUGAUGCAUUGUUUUUUUGUCGGAUUUUUUCCCGAAAAUGUGACAAUUGCACUGUAUUGUGUCUAUUAUAUAUGCGUAUACAUACGCAGGUAUAUAAUAAAUUUAUCCUUUUAUCGCUACUUUCGGACACUUUUAACGGCUCCCUCUCAACUAUAAAUGAGCUGAAAAUUUGAAAUUUGAAUGGUUUUUGGAUUGUAGCGAUAAAAGCUUGAUUGAAUUUCAAUACGGAUUUCAUCAUGUUGAUGUUGUUACGAGAAUAGGAUAAUUUUUUUAGUUUCUCACUCUUAAAUGUGAAGUGAAUGAAAUUUGUUAUUAUAUUUCUAUUUACACUACAAGUACCUCCGCUUUAACUUUGGACAAUUUUGAUUAUUAAUUUUUUUUUCUCUUAUCGAUUUCCGGUUUCGUCAGCUAUUGUAUGAUUGAAAUCUGCUAGAGAUAUUAUGCUCUCGUCAAAGAAAAUUGUUCUUCCAUAAACGUCCAUAACUAUAAUAUAACGAUUCAUUACCGGUCACUUGUAAACGAUAAUGUCACUGAAAUGAAAACCCGAAACCGUGAAACACUGGAUAUUAAUUUAUACAUCACGACGAAGGCGCUAAUCCUAAACGUUCGAUUUAUACAGGGUUUUUUGACAUCCAUUCCCUAUCGUAUAUUCCAAAUAUUUGUAGCAAAUAGCUAUAUAAAAUAUUCGAGGAGAAGGAUGAUUUCCUUCCUUUAUGAUUAUGAUAUCCAAUGAUCAAUUUCAUUUUGAUUGAAUUAAAAAUAUUCAAAUUAAAAUAAUCAAAUACUAAAUAUAAUAUUAUCUCUAAGAAAAAAAAUGAUGUCCAAUUACCGAAUUGUCGGUUGAACGUUCUAUUAUAUUGCAUAAGAAGUUGUUGGGAGAUAAUUAUCUGCGAGAUAAAAAAAGUUUCGUUUAUGUUGGAACUGCUGUAUGCAGGAAAUAUAAUAUCGUGUUUAGUCCACAUAAAUACUUGAAUAAAAACAAAUAACUAAUUUCAUACUAUCUUUAGAUUCUAAUAACAGGACAAUCUGAUAACUUUUAAAAUUUUUGUUUUUUUGUUUUCUUUCUUUUCCUGUUGAAUUUUAUUGGUUUAGUUUUCUAGAUAUAAUUAAUGCUUAUUAAUUUAUAAAUUAUUAUCUACAUUUUACUUUUUAAUUUAGACCGGAAAUUAAUGGUCACAAAAUAAUAUUAGCUCUCAUACCCUUGAUUACAGUAAAUACACUAACUUUUUCUACCAUUUAUAAUUGUUUACAUAUUUUUUUUAAACAAAUAUUUCCAGGUAAAGUUUAAACAAUUAAGGAGAAAUGUAUGGAUAAUGUAAGAAGUAAACUUAAAAAUAAAGAGCUGAUACUAGGGAUGGGAGCAGCUACUAUUGUAGGUGAGAAGUUAGGAAGCCAGGAAACAUUAGGUUAUUUCAUUUAUAUCUGUAAGCAAUGAUAAACCAUUGCUAACAAAUGACGAAUUCAAGAGCAGUUCGGUAAUACAUUAUUUGAAGUGCCGUAAUUUUUUUUGCACUUUUCGUUUAAAUUUUAUUUCAAAACGCUUAUUAAAAAAAAAAAAGUCGUCCGGUAAUUUUCGAAAUUGUAUUAUGUCUAGGUAAGUCCAAUAUAAGUAUUAUUACCUAAUUUCAAGUUUCUACGUGUAUUUAUAAUCGAAUUGCAGCAAAAAAAUUCACAAGUUUUAGUAAUGAUACCGUAAGCAAGUAAAUCAAAAAGGCAACAAAAAAGGUGUCUUGUGAUUUUUCGAUUAAAUCAUUUUUUCUGGUAGAAAACGUCGUCCGUGUUUUUAUAAAAUAAUGAAAUCGUGAAAUUGUACGUUUCCUACAUUUUUUCUCACUUAAAUAAUUUUAUUGAAAAAAUAACGUCGAAAAUCAAAAAAUAACCUGUUUAAAACACAAUCUAGACAACUUGAAAUUUCAGAAAAAGUGCUACACGUAAAAAUUGGAACAAGUUUUCUAGAAAAAAACGUGUCCACAGACUAGAACAAAGAAAGAAAAAAAGAAACAUCUUAGUAAAAUAAAUAGCUCACUCGCUACGCUCGGAAUCUAAUAUAUUACAUAAUAUCAAAUAGUUUAUACUUUAUUUAUACAUUAUUCUUUCAACAAAUUUAUUUAAAAAAACGUUCCUGUGGGAUUUAUUCCAUAUUCAAAGUCAGUAAGCUAAUUCUAACAAGCAUAAAAAUAACAAGUUUUAAAUCAUCAUUUUAAAUAAUAAUAAAUAACAAAUUUUAAAAUACUUUGUAGGUAUUUGAAAACAUCUUUUUGAUAUACUUUUUCUUAAUUAUAUAAUUAUUUAUUAAUUAAUAAUAAAUACUUACAAUUACUGAUAAAUACAAAUUUCAAAGCUUAUAAAAUAAUAUUUGUUAUAUAUAAAAAAAAUCAUAAAAUUGAUAUAAUCUCAGCCAUUAGUCUCUACACAUUUUAUAAUUCCAUACUACACUUUUAAUAUUCCGUACUAAACACAAUGUGGCGUAUUACAUACGAAAAUAGGCCCUGAUAAACCAUUUAAACCGUUUUAUCGAUACAACGAAGUAAUAAAAAAGGAAAAUCUAAUGUAACUUGUCGAUGCGUUUUCAAUUUGAUACUCAUUUUCUUAAAACUCUAAAUGAUUUAAUCAUAUUUGUUAUUGUCCUUAUUUGAUUGGGUUUAAUGAAACGCACUAAAUGAGUAAUUAUUUGUAAAAAAAAAAAAAAAAAAAAACAGUAAAAAUAUUUGAGAGAAUACAAUUGAAAAGCAAAAAUUCAAAUGGUAUUCAUUAAUACAAAAAAUUCAAAUUCAAAAAUCUAUUUUGAAGUGUCAAUGUAAGUUUACGGUUCGAUACAUCUCAACAAGUCGUCCGUAUGCACCGGACACUGUCCGAAAUAUUACGAAAUUGCAAAAUUCAAAUUCUAAGCGUAGAAAGAAAUAUAUUGAUAGCAUGAUGUUUUUUGUCUGUUUUUAUCAACAUUUCUAACUGAAAUAUUCCUUCGAUUUUCAAGUGUAGUAUUUAUUCUAAAAGCAAAGUGUAUCUUAAAUAAUUGUUUGAUUAUUUUUGAUUUUAUUCAGUUUAAAAUAAUCGCAGAUAUUUGAAAUUCUCAUGGAUUACUUAUAUUCACCUUUUCUAUACAUGGUCAAAUAUUUUUGAACUAUUUAUAAUCAUUACGUUGAUACAAUUGUUCAGGCCCAUAAAAAAUGCUUGACAAUUUAAUAACGGGUUCAUUAUACGAGUAAUCUAGUUGUACUUGGUGGCGAAAAUUUACUUAGUGUGAAAUAUUUUUCUUUCACAAUUAUUUAAACUUCAAAUUUUUAUGAAAAUCCUAAAAAUCGCGAGGCAUUUCAACAAAGUGUGUUUAAAACUGAACUUCAUUCAAAUUCAUCAGCAACAAUUUAUAGUUGCGUACAGUUAAAAACCAAGUUACUUUACGUAAAUAUCCUACCUAUUAUUUUUUCUUCAGAAAUAAUUAAUGUGCAAUAUAAUAAUAUUCUCGUGUGUUGUGUAUACUACGAGUAUAUUAUUAUUAUGAAUUCAAAAACCGUUUCACUUAUUUUCGGUAUUCGUUUAUUUUGUCGCGCGUCGUUUAUUAUUAUCGUAUUAUUCCCUACAAGACGUAUACUCGAAACUAUUCGACGUGUUUUCCAUUAAAAAUUCAUACCAUAGGUUCCUACUUGUGUAUCGUUAAAUCUCAAGUGUCAUGCGUACGACGUCAUGUCUUAAAAUGUCGGACGACGUGCUUAAAUUAAUCGUUUACCUUUAAACUGUCUUACCAAAAAAUUCAAUACAUAUCACUGUUUUUUUUUCUCAUUUCGUACGUUUCAAACACAAUAAUAAGAUAAUAGCCAUGUGAAUUUUGAUGGAAAAUGAUAAUACUGUUAUUUCCGUAAACUUUACUGUUCAACCUACGUUUCCGGUGUUCACAAUAAAGAAAAUCAUAAAACGACUUCCAAAUCCACCAAUUACACCUAAUUUUUUUUUUAUAAAAUAAACUAUGUUUCGAAAGAGCUAUUACAGUAAACUUUUGUCCAUUUUAGAUUCUGAGUGGAGCGAGGAAUUGGAUUUAUAAUGAUGAUUAUGUUUUUUUUUCCUGUGAUCAACUUUUCUUAUUUAUAACAUUACAACCUUUUCUGAAAGGAAAUCUGACUGGAGUGAUACUUUAAAGAGGUAAUGUUUUGAUUUUCCUAGGAGUUUUUCCUAUAAAUGGGAAAAAACGGGAAAAUGGGUACAAUUAUAAACAAAUAUUAUUAAAGAAAAUAUAUAAUGCAUAUGUAAUUCUUUUACCAUAAUAUGACAUAAGUUUAUAUUGUUGACGACAAAGCAACACUAUCAACCAAACUCCGCUCAAAAUCGUUUUUCGUUAGCAAUAGUUAAUCGUUACGUACUGUUAUACAUUAAAUUUCUCCUUUACUACCUUCCCAACUUCUCACCUACAAUAAUAGCCCACCCAUGUGCGAAGUAUAUCCGUUUUUUUCUAAUACAUUACUUAUUGGUUUUUCUCCGAAUGCUCUUCUCAACACACCAACUAAAUUUAAAAUGCAACGAAAACAAAUUUGUUGGCGUUUUUUGAUUGAAUGAAGAAUUCUGGUAGAAAAGUUGUUUCUAGACACACAAAAAUCAAACAAAUAAAAUAAAAAGACACGGAGGUAUUUCAUAAGAUAGGUUGACAGAGGCCUACCCAUCAUGCCACCUACAACAGAGGUUAUAGGUGAGAAGUUGAGAAGGAGGAUAUAAAGAGAAAUUUAAUAUAUAUAUCAACGCAACGAUCAAUCUUUGCUAACAAAAACCAAUUCUGAGUGGAGUUCGGUUAACUCAUGUUUAGAAAAGCUUUACGAUUUGAAAAUAAUACAUUUCGUAAAUGUUCUUGUUUUUUCCCGGUUUUUCCUAUUUAUUAUAAAAACCCCUGGGUAAAUCAAUGAAUAUCUUCCUAAAGUACUACCCCAACUCAAAUCUUCUUUCAAAAAAAGUGCUACACUUGAAAUCGGAGCAAAAUUUCUGGUAGAAAAGUUGGUCACAGAAAAAAAAAAUAAACAUCUAUGUAAAACCAAUACAAUCUUCCCAUCGCUCAGAAACUCAACAAAAAAAUCACUUACAUCAUAUUAAAACCAAUACAUUUCUCGAUGUGCUUUGAAUUUAAACAUCAUAUAUGUUUUUAGUGUCUACUUGAUAAUGAAUGUAAAUUUAUCGCGUGUUUCUUGAAAAUGUAUGUAGGUAUAAGUAUAGGUAUAUGUACUCGUUUUGUUCGUAACUAUAUACAAACUUAUUCACCGUUUGUUGUACUGUAUUAUUAUUUUGUAAUUUGAAUAUUUUAAAUACUCCCUUAUUAAUAUAAUGUCGGUGUAAGUAUAGAUUUAAGUAAAUAUUAUACAUUUUUUAUUUAUUACACUUCCUAGGUACUAAUGAAAUAAAUUAUCAACUCGUUGCUGUAAAACAUAUUCCAAUUAUAUUUUGUUAGUUGGGUACCUAAUGUGUAAUAAGGCCAUAUUUAAAUUCUUACACGAAUAACAAUUUUAACUGUAUGUCUCAUAUUUUAUUAAUAAUUAAAAAUUAUGAAUAUAAUAUAUGCUUGUAAUAAAGAUAAUGUGUAAUGGAUAGUUUACAAUACUGAUAUUAAUAAAAAAAACGAAAAAAAAAUGUAUUUUCGAUCAUGUACUAUCCUAUCUUAUAUUAAUAAUAUUAUUAUGACUGAUAUUUUGAAUUAAUAUAAUAUAAUUUUUAUAUUUAAUGCUUAGCGAAGGAUCUAUAUUGGUUUAACUAUGAUGUGGGUUUUGUAUUUUUUUUUCUGUCUGUAAACAACUUUUCGAUAAGAAAUCUUGCUCCUAUGUGUCAAGUAUACCAUCUUUUCUGAUAGGAAAUUUUAUCUUGUUGGUGCAAUAACUGGAAAAAACCCGAAAAGAUAACUAUUUUAUCUACGGUUCACUGCGGCGUUAACAACUGUUUUUGUUUAAUUUUUGCAAACUAUGUUUUCUAUCGAAAAUAUUUCUUCAAUAAAAAAACUAUGAGAGACCAUUUUUGUUGCAUUUUGAAGCAAGGCUAUUAUUGAGUUAUUUAUAGACAUUUAAAUUUUUUCCGAUUUUUUACGCAAUGUUUGUUUGUUAAGUACUCUGUGAAUAAAAUUGUUAGACUAAACCGAAAAGCUUAAACAUUCAAAUAGAAGGUUCAUAAAUAGUUGUACAUGGUGAUCAAAAAAAAUAAAAAAAUAGACUAUUAUUUAGAGUAUUUAUUAAGAGGUUUAAUAUGAAAUUUUGAUUGAAAUCGUAAAUAUUAUAACCUUUCAAAACAUAUAUAACCGAAAUUAGCUCUGAAUUGUUUUUUUUUUUUUUUUAGCAAUGGUUUAGCGUUGCUUACAGAUAUAAAUUAAAUAAUUAUAUUCCAAAAAGUUUCACCAAAAUCAAAUUUCUAUAUUAUCGUAUUGAGUUAAUAUAUUUAUGAAGUUUUUCUAACGGUAUUCUUACCAAUAUAAUGUUAUUCUAAUUGGUUCUAUAACUAGAUUUAAAGCUAAAAAAUCGCAAAAAAAAAAUCAUGCAUUUUACAACUGUUUCUUGAAAACGAUAUUCGAUGCAUAUAAUUCUAUACAACUUUAUACCUUAUAAUUGUAUGGUUAAAUAUUGGCAUUUAUUGUUUCAUGGUCUGCAGUUAUUAUUAUUUUUGCUUAAGAAUACAUUGUCAGUAAAUCCACAACUUUACGCUUUCCGGUUAAUUUUUGCGUACUGAUAAUAUUUAUGUUCAAAAAUUUCGUCUUUUCUCAAUGAAAAUGUUACUCAAUUACUAUCGAACCGCUAUAACUAUAAUAGUACUUUAAGAAGUUCUUUUUUUUAUUAUAUUUUACUGUGUUAUCAUAUUUCCGAGAAAAUUACAAUAAAAAUCAAGCAAACAAAAAUGUAUAAACUAUGCCUAUACCUGUAUACUAGCGUAUAUGUUAUACGAUAUACCUAUGAAGUUUUAUCUUCGGCAAGAAUAAUAAUUACAAAUAACAUUUUGAGAAUGUCAUUCCCAUAAAAAAUGUAUUUCGCAAAACAUUUAUCCGAAUAUUAUAUUGCACCGUCGCCUAAAUCUGCAAAAGGGUUUGCGGACAAAGUCGUUGUAGCCAAUCCAAUUUUCUCGAUAGACCCGUGUUGCGUUGCGUGUAGAAUAACAAUAAUAAUAAUGAUAAUAAUAAAACGUAUAGAAUUUUGUUUUGUUAGCUCGGCCGUGUCGGGGUCCCGGCGGCUAUAUAUUUAUAUAUAUAUAUAUAUACGGAAAACGGGACGGUUUAAUAUUAUCCUCGGAGACGAAGGACGGGGAAGAACUUGUUUCACCGAGAACGACGAUAGAUAAAGAGAAGGAAGAGGAGGUGGGAGUAGGAUCGGCCCCAUUUGUCGUGAUGACUGAACCCAUGGGCGACAUAAAUCUCAGGCCCAGACGUUAAAUUUUCCUCCGAAGCUUACGACGACGUUUAUUAUUAUGAAAAUAGACGGGACACGAGAAAAUCUCAGAGAAAACACUGUUUACUACGACGCGUUUGACGCGGCUAAAUGAAAAGUGAAAUUAUUAUUGUUAUACAGUCUCAAAAAACAAAUAAAUUAUAUUAUUAUAAAAUUAUAAAAUAAAUUUCAAAUAUAUAUUAUCUAUAUACCUAGAAUAGGUUGGAAUUGUUAUUUUUUAACUUGAAUUAUCUUUAUCGUACUUGAAAGACAAAAUAUCUUGAGUUGAUUUUUGAAGAAUUUUUGAAAAUACAAUUACAUUUUUUUAUGAUUUCCACUUGAAUGAUUAGGUUUCUAUUUCAACCCUGUUCCAUUAUAUUUCCCUGUUAUAUUUGUUCUAUGUCCGUCAACAUAUUUAUUUAUUGUUAAACUAUUGUACAAAUUCUAUAUUUUCUUAAGUAAAAAAAAAAAUAAUAAAACAAUUUAAAAGAGAUAUAUUAUCAGCACAAACUAUGCAGUAUAAAAUGUAAAGUGUGCUGCUCAAAAUUCCAGUGUGUUUGAAAUCGGCCUUAUAAUAUGAAAGAGAACUAAAGAGAAAUAUUGCCCCGGGACGCCAAAACCGUAAAUACGCCUCUGGAUAUUAUAAUAAAUAUUCCCGCGUAUUUGAGUAUAUAUAUAUGUAUGGAAAAUCAUUGCGCGGAUUUUCCGUCGCGAUUGUUAGAUUUCCAAAGUCGUUGAACUGCAACAAUCACAGUCAAACGCAAUUUACUGUAGACAUAAUUUAACAAAAGAAACCGGUUUUUAUUUAAUUUUUUUACUAUUUACAUUUUCCAAUAGAUUAUUUAUAUUAAAUAACAUCAUGCAAUGUUUAUUACCGUAUCUAAGUGUAUUAAUUAUAAUUUAUUAAAAAACAAAAAAAUUGCACCUAUUUACGUAUAGAAAACACGCGGUCCUCUAUAAAUUUAAUAAUUAUAUAGGUUUACUGUACAAUUUCGUAAUUAUAGUCUAUAAGGUAUUUUGUACUACUUAAAAAUGGCAUGUCCUCGUGACUUUCAACAAUAAAAAAAUCCUAAAAAAAAACUCCAUUUUACGUAACGCGUGCGAGUUACAAACAAUAUAUUAUUUCUUAUUAUUUUAUAUAAUAAGCACUCACUUAAAUAAACUUAAUAUUAAGUUAAAUUUAUACAGGAAUUUAUUUUUAUUGUUUAAUUAAACUCUAUAUUUCGUAAACCGCAAACGAAAAUCCCGUGUAACAUCAUCAUAUGAAUACAUUAUUACCUAUCGGCAAGACAUCACGAAAUUAUUCUUUUCUAUUAAAAAAAAAAUCAUUACUUUUUAAUAUACUCUUUCUGAAAUUAAUUUCAUUAAUAAUUAUAGAGAGAAAAAAUUCAAAUUUAAAUUUGAUGUUUUGGACACACUUAAAGCUGUAAUUUUUAUUUCUUGUUUAUCAUAUAUACAAUAUAUGAUUAACUGUUGUGACUGUGUGCCAUUCAGUUUUAAUGAAUGUAAAAAGAUAACUCGAUUGAAAUAAUUACUCCUACACAAUGAAAAAAAAAAAUUCUAUUCAGUUUUGUUUUAAUUAGAUAAAAUAUGUAGACAAAUUGACUUUUAUUUUUUAUCUUAUCUAGAUAAGAUCUAGAUAGCAAAUCUAUAUAUUAUAAAAAAAUAACUUGUCCUGAUACUAACUGAUUCGUCGUCGCCUAGGCUAAAUCAUUGGACAAAUUGGGCUGGAGUUUAGCAUACAGAUAACUAUUAUGAAUUAGGUAUCCUCUAAGAAAGGAUAAUUGAUAACUCAGUCCUUAGCGGGUAAAAUAGGGGAUUUUAGGAAAUUUCGGUACGUAUAUUUAAUUGCUUAUUUUUUUUUUUGUUUAUUAAUUGGUUACCUUGGUGAUACGGAUGAAAUAACCAAAAAAAUGGCCCAGGCAACGCCGGAUGGGAUAGCUAGCAGGACGAGAAGAUUUUUAGAAUUUUUGAAACAUUAAUUUAAAUUAAUUUGGUGAUUUAUAGGUUACUUUGGUGACGUGGAUGAUAAUUUGGUUGUCAUGGACAAGAAAACUAUUAUCAUUAUUAUUAUUAUUAUUAUUCUUUUCACUAUUCUCUAGCAAUAGUAAAAAAUUACCGAAUUAGCUAGUAAAUAAUAAAAUUGUAGUAAAUAUAUCUAUGCAUGAGUCAUAACAAUAUAUAUAAUUAUAUACAUCUAAAGACAAAGUUGGGCAAGUUACUUAACUUUAGUAUUUGAGCAAGUUACAGUUACUUUCCUUAAUGAAGUAACUUAGAUAAAAUACUAGUUACAAGGUAAAGUUACUUUACAAUUUUUUUUUCAAUUGGCUUAAAUUUUUCAAUUACUCGUCAAAAAUGUAUAAGUUAUAGUCACUGGUUUUUGAAGGAAUAGAUAAUAUAGUUUUCAUGAAUUAAUGUUAAAAAUGAUUUUUCCAUAGUAACAGGACGUUACCAAAAUAUUAUCGCAUUGUAUUAAGUAAAAUCAAGGUGAAUUGAUACACUUUUUUUAUGGUAGUCUGAUCUCAUUUUAACACGGAUUUUUAAAGUUUGACAUACUUCAAAUACAUGAAGAACAUUUUGUCUGUAUAAUUAAUCGUGCUUACUACAUUGUUAAUGAAACCAUGUAUCUUUUAUAUGAUACUAGUAAUAAGUUAGUAAACAACACAAAUCAUAAAUAAUAUCAAAAUAUAACCUAUAUCAAUAACAAUAACUAUAUUACUGUCUGCGUAUAUAGGUGAACACGAUUGACAUAUGCGUGAUGCUUUAUAUGGUUACAAAAAUAAAUUACUAAGUAGGUAGUUAUUGUUUUCUACUUCUACUAUAAAUAGAAAAAUGCUUGAAAAAGCUACGCGAUAUCCAUAAAACACGCAAUAAUAUAAGGUUCAGAAUUAUACUAUUUAAGUAUAUUUUUUAUUUUUCACGAACAAAAAAAGUUGACCUUAUUCUUUUAUUAAAAAAAAAACUGAAAAAUACAUAAAGUGUUAUGGUUAUUUAUGUAAUAUUAAAAAAAAUAGACUAUUGUAAGAUAUUUUGGGGGAAAAAAUCAUAUUCAAUUGUAUACAUUUGCAGUUUACCAAAUACCCCUUCCCCCCCAUCAAAAUGGCGCUGUUGCAAACUGCAUAGUAUAGGUAUUAUCUCUAAAAUAUUAUAAAUAGUUUAUUUCUACGAAAUCAUGAAAGGUGUGAUUUAGUGUGCCACUAUUGUAAGUGGGAAGUGGGAAGUAAAAGCAGAAUACAUAGAGUUAUUCAAUUUAAAUCUGUACGUGAUGAUGAUAAAUCAUUGCUAAGAAGAUAAUAUACUGAAAAAAGUUCGGUUGUACAUAUUUAAAUGUUAAAUUUACACGAUUUUUGGGAAAACUUGAACAUAAAACACUUAUAAAAAAAAUUACUACAUUAUGUGAUCAACUUUUAUGUUUUUAUUACCACUGAGUACAACAUAUAAUGACUUCAUGUAUAACUUUCAAGCAUUUCUAUUGGGCCAAGACAAUUUUAUCCACAUAAAUCCAAAUAAAAACGAUAAAACUCGAGAAUACCCUAUAAAUAACUUAAAAGUGUUUAGAAUUUGUUGAGAACAUUUUUCCCCGUCUAGAAAAUAUCAAUAUUAAUAUUCAGUAAAAGUUUUAGAUUUCUAUAAAUAUUUUAAACCGAAUUACCAAAUAAAAAUCAAUAAUUAUGAAGCCGUUGUUUCCGUAAACUUUCCCGUUUUUCCUUUACGUUAUUUCCAAUUAUUAAACACUAAGCUAUUACAAAACGAAAAGAAAAAUUUAAAAAUGACUUUAUUAAUUAUACUAACUAGAUCUAAAAUUGUACAAAAAUGCUCUCUAGUCAGUUUUUUGAUUUUCGUAAGAAUUCUGGUAAAAAAUUUGUUCUCGCACUCACGUUUUAAGAAUCGCAUUCAGAAUCUAAAAAUAAUAAUAAUAACAAUUAUUAGUAUUGACGUUAUUUACAUUAUUUAACUUAAAUUAAACUAUUAAAUUAUACAAAAGUUGCAUACAAAUUUUUAUCUGUAAAAAAAAUCAGAAUAACAAAUAAUAUUUACGUGUAUUUAGUAUAAAAAGAGAAUAACAAUGUAAAAAUAAAAAAAAAUACUAAAAAAUAAAUACAAAUUAAUAUUUAUUUGAAAAUUUUAAAAUUAUUAUACGUACACGUAAUAAAAAUAUGUACGCAAAACUUAAUAAAUAUGCGAGACGUCUUUUAUUUUAAAAAUAUAAUAUAUUUUUUCUUUUUAACAUACAAAGUAACUAAAGUAGGUAGUAUUUUUUUUUCUCGUAAAAAAAAAUUAAUUUGUAAUAAUUUCACUUGAGUAGCUAGUAGGGAGGUAUAUUAAAAAAAAAAAAAGAAACUUUUUUCUUUUUCAUAUCAGAAUUCAUUAAAAGACAUUUUUAAUUCCGUGAAAAGUUAAUAGAAUAAAUUUAUCGCUCAACAUAAAACUCUAUUAGAUUAAAUUCAUUGCUACAUUAAAUACGGCAUAAUAAUAAAAUGUCAUCAUAAAAUAAUGUUUCGUAAAAAAAGCUUAUAAAUUACGAAAUAAACUCCUAAUGAAAAAAUAAAAAUAGGUAGUCUAAUCUUUUCAUUUAAAGCGUUGACUAAAGUCAACGCUGCAUUAGCAUUUAUAUUUACAUGAAAUAAUAUCCUAAUAUUGACGCGUUCUAUCUCGUUUUCUUUAAUCUAUACAUCGAUUGCAAAAACAAAAUCUCUUAUAUAGUCUUAUUCGACUUUUGUUGCCUCUGCCAUUCGAUGAGUUAUGUAAAUUUUCACUACUGAUCCUACAGAUAUUCAACCCUCCUUUCCCCCAUCCACCUAAGGGAUUUUCUUCAUGUUGUAUGCUCGGGAAUAUUCAAUGGAAAUAAAGGUCACAUUAUUAUUGGCUACGAUAGUAGGAAAAAUGAGACAAACUGGAUUGAGUGGUUUAGGAAUGUCAUUAAAGAGGAAUCUGAAGCAGUAAAAAUUGUAAUUAAAGUGGACGUUGGAGGAAAGAGGAAGAAAGAAAAAUAGGUGGUUGGAUGUGAUUAUGAAAAUGAUAUGUUGAUGGUGGGGUUAUGUGAGGCAGAUGUAAGGAAUCAAUUCAAGUGAAAGUUUAGAACGGGGUGAUCGAUCCGGUAAUAAUUAAAUGUAUAGCAUGAUAGGGAUGAUUUUUCGCUUUUUUUUAUAUUUUUUGAUUUUAUAGAAAUAUAUAAUUUAACUACACAUAAUAUACUUGUAUGAAGGUGAGAGAGUGAGUCGUCAGAAAUAUCCUUAGCAACGCACAUGUAUUCGAGGAUUGCCGUCACUGAAAAAUUUUAAAAAGAAAACAACUCAAAUCCAACGUAAAUUUAUUCUGUGAGUACAGUAACAUGUAAGUUCGUUCAGUUAUAACCUUAUAUAGCGUGAUCGCCGGGUAAAUUUUUAAGUGCGGUAUACAUAUUUUAUGUGUUUUAAUUUAAUAAAAAAAAAAACAACUUUUUUUUUAUGGCUAUGCAAGACCUGAGUAUAGACUAACGGCGCAAUAUAACGCAACUGUCUAGUAUUUGUUUUAUUAUUUUUUACGACACGAUAAAACCUCUUAAAUUUCCUCAUAAGUGUAUGGUACGCCUAAUAAAAAAAAAAAAAAAAAUAAGAACUGAGACGUUUACAUAUAAUUUAUACUAAUAAUACACCUAAUACAGUAUGUUUGUUGCAUGGAAAUCCCCCUGUAAUCCAUAUAAUAUUUUAAGAACUACAUGAGAAAGCUGAGGGGGUGAUAAUAAUACACGAAGAAACGAAUAUGAACUUUUAUAAGAAAUAGAAAACGAGAUGCUGUUGUCUAUAAAAAUUAUUGUUUGUUGAUUUUAUGUUUCAAUCAUCAAUUAUUGAACAUUUGAAAAUAUUUAGAUAAAUAUUUUUCUGAAACCGACCGAUUACUACCUUUUGACUAACCCUUUGAAUGAAAUUGAUUUUAAGCUUUGGAAAUAUGGCAUUUAUUAUAAACAAAGUAUACAUAUUGUUCCUAAUAAGAAAACUAUAGGCGAGUUAUCAUCUUACUUGCUUAAUCUAACAAUCCACCACUGUAUUAGUGUCGACAUAACGUAUUCGACUAAAAGUCUUACUGUUUUUUAAUUUAUCGAACAAAAAAUUUAAAAUAUUUCCUAAACACAGAAAUACAGGUACCGUAGCACAGGUAGGAUAGGUAUUAUAGGUUAUUAUAGGUAUAUCUAUAAUAAUUUAAUGCAUUCACGGUUGCUGUAACAUAAAAUGCAAUAUUAUCGUUAAAAGGUACCGAUAUACAUACAUUUGUUUUGUACAUUUUAGUAGUAAUAGUCAAAUAAAAUUACGAAAAAUGUAAUUUUCAUUUUAUAUAGUUUAAACAAACUUUUCACUUAAAAUAUACAACGACGCAGUAAAGUUAUUUUACAUCACAAAAGACUGGAAUUCAGUUAAGACAAAAUCAAUUUAUUCGUUUAGGCGCUAUGCAAGCAAACAUGUAUAAUUGAAAUAAUAAUUUUGAAUUAUACAAUUACGACGGAUAUAAUUUCAUUUACUUUAUUUUAUCGGUCUCUUAAAUCCCAACCUCCUCAGAAUAUAUACGAAAUAUUCAGUUGUUUGAUUAGCGAAACAUUUAUUGUUGAUAAAUGUAAAACUAGGACCGAGAUGAUAUUUAGUUGGAAUAAUAUAAUAUAUUUUGGAAAAAAUAAUGUAUAUUUUCUAAUUAUACAGGCGAAUGUAAAUGGAAAAAGAUUGCAUAGAAAAACAAAACAAAAUAAAAAAAUAAAAAUACAUAUAUUGCUCAUGGAACGUAUCAGCUAUAGAUGGGAAGUUGGGAAGGUAGGUUUAUGAUAUAGAGCAAUAAAUUUAUAUCGGCGAUAAAUCAUCGACAACUGAAAACUAUCCUGAGCAAAUUUCGGUUAAUUGUAUUCUGAUAAACUUAAAUUUAAAAUUUUGUAGAUAUAUCGUAACAACAAUAUAAUAAAUUAUAUAACUGCCUGUAUAUUUUACUCCAAAAUGUUCAAGCAUUAUUAUACGAGUAAAUGUCAUCCACCAUAAAUCGGAAAAUAGUAUACACAAAAUGCCGCGAAUUUACUAACUGAAAUUUUUAAAAUAUAUAUAUAUAAUCAACACGGACAAAGUAUAGGUACAAUAUUUUGUUUGUGGAAAUUUAAUCCAUAGAAAUUGUUACAAGAAAAAAAAAAUAAAAAUUUCCGUACAAUGUGUUUUGGAAUGAGGACCGUUAUAAUAGGUAAUCCCGCGGAGACGAAUUUAUUCGGCUGCUUCCGAAUAUUGGUUUCUACUAUAUUAUUAAAUAAUUUCGAAAAAGCGAAAUGCGAUGUUAUAAAAUAAUUCGGUUUAUGGUUUAGUUUGUAUGAUAUUUCCCGUCGUUAUAUUUAUGGACUUAUAGUUUAUACUGCGUACAGGUUAUAAUGUUCGAGUGUGUUAUAAUAUAUAAUCAACAAAGGUUGUAAAUAAAUAAUGGUUUCUCAAAAAAUACAGAUAGUUACAGUUAUAGAAAGAUAAUACAUUAUACGAAAAGAGAAGCCAUAUACCUACAAAGCUUUCCUUAACUACACACAAUAAAUAUUUAGUUUUCAUUGAACAGGAACACAAUUCAUUAUAAUUACACAUUGAACAAUUCUAUUAUAACUGGAGUAAAUUAAAUUAAACAAUUUAGCCAUCAUAUUUGAUUCGAAACGUUAUUACAAUCACGUGGGGUGAUUUUUUCAUCCCAAUAUAAUUCGUAUGUAUUCUGUAUUCAUUAAUCAAAUAAUUUAUUUUUAUAAAAUAUAUAUAUAUAAUAGUAAUAAUAUUAUAAAAUCAAAUCGUCAACAUACAUUUAAGAGCCAUACACAUAGGUACUAUUAUUAUAAUUUAAGUUGUAUGCGAAUUGAUGUAAAUAUAAUAACGAAUGCAAUAAUGUAAUAAUAUUAAUAUAAUGUAAAUAAAACAUAAAAUUAGAUAUUUUGUUUACGUGAUGUCAAAAGACACUGAACAUAUUUCUAUUAGGUGUUUUUACAAAGAAGUUUUUCAAAGUUAGUGCAACGUUUCUUCGUUUUUCUGUCUCGAACUUAUACACAAAAGACACACUGGCCGGACUGGCCAGAUACUUUAACCUUUCAUGUGUUCCUAUUACAUAAUUUGUAGACUUGCAAGUUGCAAUAUUGGUUUAGACAUAUUUUUAUUGAUCUGGAAAACUCGUUAAUUUAAUAGCUCGUACUAAGCACUUGCAAACAUGUUUUCACGAUAAUAAUUAUGCUUUAAAAUAUUGCUAUAUUUUUCUACAGUACGCUCCAAGCUCGAAUACAUAAGUACUUAAAAAAUAUAAGUGAAAUAGCAUAUUGUAUUAAUCAUUAUACCUCUCGAAAAUGAAAAAUAAUAUUUUUUUAACAAUUUUGUAUUUUGCAGAACCCCUCAUUAUUGUUAUGAUUUUGCUAAUGGUUUGUUUUUAAAUUAUGCUUUGGAAUUAUUAUUGACAUUUUUUUUCUACAUAAACAAAAAAAUAAUGUCGCAAACAGUCCAAAAAUUACUGAGCGUUUUAAUUUUAAAAUUAAUCUUCCGAGUAAAAUAAAUUUUAAUUUUACUUACUAAAAAUUUCUAAAAACUAUAUGUGCUUAUCUCAGUCGUAUACUUUUAUGUCUACCACUAAUAUCCUAACAAAUUUUCAUUUUUCACUCUUUGAACUAACAAAGAUAUUAGAUGGUGAAAAUAUUUUAUAAAGAUGAUUUGUGAUUAUUUAUUUAUAUAUUUUCUUUACCCAGUCAGUUAUUAAGUUAAAUUGUAAUUUUCUGUAAAUUGGAAUUCAUUUUUCCGUAAUAAAUAUUAUUAUUAUUUUAGUAUACAUUACACAUGUAUAUUUGUAGACUGUAGACAGUUCUAAUACGUUUGUAUAAUAUUAAAAGGAAAACUUAAAUUGAUUCUUAAAAUAAUCUGGGAACCAAUUCGAACGUUUUGGAACACUUAUAAUAUCAUAUAAUCAAAUACAUUUCUAACUGGUGAUAACAGACGUGAGUUUUUAAUCUGACAUUUAAUUCGAGGCUCACAAAGCUUGUCAUUCAUUUUAUAAUGUGACAACUUAUAUAAGUAUGUAAUAUGUUUAACAAUCAUGAUGGCAGUGAUCGUUUUAACAAUGAUAAGAAAAAAUAAGGAUUAGGUUAGGUUAUGGGCGUUAGCCAUGGGCUUCGAAUUAAAUAGCCACAGUACGACUUAAACCAUAAACGUUUUGGUGAUAAGACAGUUAGCAACGUUGUUUAUUUAUUAUAAUGCGUUUCGGAAUAAAUUCUAUAACACUAUAUAACCAUUCAUAAAAUUCUAACCAAAUCCAAAAUCUUCUUCGAGCUCCGAUAUCGUCAUUGCUAUAAUAGGUGGUAUACUUUUAACGGAAAAACAAAAAUAAACGGAGUAGACGAUGACAUGUAUUAUGCAUAAAAUACAAUAACAUUAUAGUCGUUUAAAGUUUAUAAGUAUAUGUACGAUAAUAAUAAUAACGGAUGCGCCGUCGUUGGUUGUUUAAAGAGAGUAAAAUUGUCGGAAUAUAUUAUUAUUAUCAUUAUUAUUAUUAUACUGUCGUACUACACCGUCGUCGUCGCGAGUUUCUUGAUAAAUAUUUAUACGAAACUACUACUACUACAAAAAAAAAAAAAAACCGACCCCCGCGUAUUCGCGCUACGGUGUUGUGGCGGUGAAGGAAUGAUGGUCGUGGAAAGUUUUAGCCUACCGUGUUGUAUAUUCACGUGGGUAUAUGGGUUGUAGUAGUAUAAUAGUAAAUAUAUGGUAGUGAGUUCUUUUCUUUAUUUUUUUUUUUAUUAUUUUUUCCCUCAGUUUUCUAUACACGUAUUAAAAUGCGUUCGGGAGGUAGUACCGGCUAGAUAUAAAAACGCCCUCGAGAAUAUUCCCGGGAGAUGAUUUAGGCGUGCGCGGGUUUUUCGAACGCCGACGCGGGGGCAUUGUUCCUUUUGUGUGAUUAUAUAGGCGGCGGCGGCGGCAGAACUUUAUAACGUACUUACCCGUAUAAAUAUAAUAAUAAUAACGCGCGUAUUGUAUACAGGGUGAUAUUUUUAUCGUGACGACUAUAUGCAUGAUAUAUUAUCACAGUAAAGUAACUGCGUAUACCAAAUUACGUAGUUAGAUAGAGCGUGAAAUCGGCGAUAAAAAAAAUCAUGACCCUGUAUAGCUGUGUACAAUAUAAAUGUCGAGAAAAAAAACUACUAUGAUAUUACGCGCCAUGAUAAUUGUAAUAAUAUAGGUGCGACCAUCACAAACUAAACAAGUGUGGUCGCCCAUCUAUUUUCCCUUAACAGAAACAAUAAAAAUAGUGCUAUAUAAUAAAACUACGAUUGUUUUCAUUUCAAGCCUGAACAAUUUAUUUAUUUGUUUAUCGUAUGGCUUAUGAUACUAUUACAGACACGUCUUAUUAUCAAUGCACCAAACUUAUGUUAAUACAAAUUCAAAAAAAACCCUACUUGGUUCAACAGAAUAAAUCUCUUCAAAGUCUAGGAAACAUUUGCUAACCUAGUGAUCCCGUAUGUUUAUUCAGUCAUAGAUGCGAUCGUAUAGUUGAGUUUUCGAACAGUUUCUCGGUGUCUCAUAAAAUAUUAGACGCGUUUCAAUAAUAUACGCGACGACGCGUCAUCGUUAUAACACGCACAUACAUUAUGUUAUUAAGCGUACGAUGAAUAUUAAAAUUAUAAUAUAAACGUAUGAUAUUAAAACAUUACACACAGUAACGAGUUUUAGUGUCGCAUUUUCAUUAGAUAAUAUUAUAGCUAGGUCUGAAAUGUAUAUUAAUAAUAUUAUUAUAAAGAGACCAAGCUUAUUGUCACGCCUCGGAUGAAAUAGGAUUAUUUUACGCGUGGAGUUAAUCUACAUGUGUGCAUGAAUGUGUGUUUUUUAUAAUUUUGUAGCAUACAGGGUGUGUGUGCAGGAUUUGACAAUCUCCUAUGUAAUAUACUAUUAUUAUGUGUUGGAAAUAAUUGUCAAAAUAUACUACAUCUUCAAAUACUUCAUAUUUUUUUAGAUUUGUAACGUAGCGAGAGAUCUAUUGAUUUUACUAUGAUGUGUGGAUUAAAAAUUGUUUUAACUGAACAACUUUUAAUCAGAAGUCUUCAAUUUUUCCGUUUUUCAAUUUUAGCACUUUUUCGAAAAGAACAUCUGAUUGGGGUGGUACUUUAAGGGGGUCAUUUUUUGAUUUUCCCAGGGGUAUUCAUAAUACAUGGAAAAAAAACGUAGGAAAACGGGGAAAUUUACGAAGUAUAUUAUUUUCAAAUCGCAAAUAUUACGGCCUUUUAAAAAAUGAAUAACCGUAGGGUUCGUUUUUCGUUAGCAAAGAUUAAUCGUUACGUACAGAUAUACAUGGAAUUUCCUUUAGUUUAUUACCUUAUCAAUUUAUUACCUAAAACAAUGGCUCACCCAUCGCACGAAGUAUGUCCGUCUUUUUUUUAAUAAACUUAAUUAUACGGAGUGAUUAUGAAUACAACAAUAUGUAUCUAUAUGAUUUAUCUGUCCAAUAAGAAAUAUUUUACCUAUGGGUUUUUAUAUUUUCGAAACUUUAAACAAUUUUGUUUUUACUACACUUUAAUAUGUUUUAUGAAAUUAUAAAUGCAUUUAUUUAUACAUUUUGAGCUUUUUUUGGGAUUUGAAGUACUUUUAAAAAAAUAUAUUUAGUCUACAACUCUAAUUAAGUUAUUUUUAUUUGCGUUAAAUCGAUUAUAAUCUUGAUUUUUAUUUGAAACUUAGUAUUUAGCUGUUUUAUUUGUUAUUUUGCAACUUAAACGAAAAUCAUAUUAAAAAGUAAUAAAUAAAUAAUGAUCAUGAUUAUGAUGAAAAUAUUUAUUUUUUUUUUAAUUCUUGUUUUUUUGUUAUUACGGGGAGUAAUGAGUUGUUAGUUUUGUUAUCAUAUAAAACGUCAUACCGCUAUUUAUAUGGCUAUAUUUGUUAAUCGAUGAGCGACUUAACAUUUUUUCUUUUCAUACCAGUUUAAAUUUGUAUUGAAAAAAAAAUGUACAUUUAUAAUCAUCGUUAAUCGGGGGAAAAAAAUACUUAAACUCCAAUCUAAUAAAAAAUAACAUUAUAUUUUCAGAGAAUAUUUAUUUCUGCGAAAGUUAAUCGGGUUAAUCGCGAGGUUUAAUCGAUCCAGUCAUAUAAUUAAUUAUACAUGAUUAAGUGCAUUUUUUUGUUAUCCAAAUACACAAUUCAAUCCUUAGUUUAUCAAUAAAAAAAAUAAGAGGUACUUUAAAAGCAUAACAAGAUACUUUAAUAUUUUUCGUUGUUUUCCAUUUUUGUUUUUUUAGUUUUUUGGGCCCUAUAAAUCCGGAACUCUAACUAUAUCCAAUUAUUAAAAUGUAUUUAAAUAACAGAAACUAAAGCAUCUUUUCAUAAAAUAAUAUUCUGAAUUCACUUUUCUUAUCACGGAAACCUUCUAGUUAGGAAUAUAAUAGUUAUUUUAAUCGGUUUAAGUUGGUCACAAUUCCCCACAUGGUAAUCCACCAAAAUGUCUUAUUCGCGUCACUCACCGUAUACUUAUAAUCCUUAAAAUAUGAAUAUAAAUUGGCGUCCUCUAAAUGCUCCUUCGUGUAUUAUAGCACGAGAUAGGUUAUAUAGUUAUAUAAUUAUAGCUGGUUAUAUAGUUUAAGGUAAAGCAGUUAAUUAAUUUAUUCAUCUUGUCAACCUUGUAAAUAAAUUGAAGGCGUAUAAAAUAAUAAUAUAUACUUAUACUUAUACCUAAUCUUAUAUAUACUUACCUGUGCUCAUUUCGAAAAUAUGUAUAAGACUACUACAGAUUAUGCAUAUUAUUAUAUAUUAUUCACUUUUAUUUUCUAUAUACCUACAGAGAAAACCCUUACUGAACAAAGUGGCAAAAGAAUACAAUAUAAAUGGAUUGAGCAGCCACUCGGAGUAUUCUUUUGUCCACAACUUUCUAGUUGACUUUGAAGAACAAAAAACCGCGAAGCCUUGGUAGCCACAUGCUAAGAGGACCGUGAAAUUUUUUUUUACACCAUGAAUUAUGAGAUUGGUUAUACGUGAUAAUAUGACAAAUACCUACUGUUUCUAUUAAGUUUGAAUGGUUUCUUAUACAAUAUUGUAUUGAAAAUGAGUAAAUCUUUGCUUAAUAUCAUCACUUUAUUCGUAGCAUAAAGACAUUUUUUGUUGGUUAAUCAACUACCAUAAUCUCAUAAUUCUUACAAGAAACUUUAUAUUAUUGUCGACUAUCUAAAGUAGUUGUACAUAUAUCUAUAUAGUUUAUUCCAUAAUUUUCAAUCCACUAUGUAUCGGUUUUUUCCAGGGCCAUUCAUUUAUAUUUAUAUAUAUAUAAACAUAUUAUUACAAAAUAUGAUUUGUAAUUGUUUCUUUUCUGACAUUUCGACGUUUGUGUCUGCAAUUUCUGAAAUUUAUUUUAGUUCCACUAUGUAAAAAUAAUAUAUAAUAACAAUAAAAUUUAUCUGACUGUAAAUUUUGUGGGAUCUGUAAUUAAUCGACUGUAUUUACUUUGGUAAUUUUUUUUCGUUUGUUUAAACAUGUCAGACCAUCCGCAACACCGCACAACACGCGUUAUAAGCAGCCCCAUCCUCUUUAUCUACACCCUCUAACGAAGUGAAGGUCGGCAUGCGUAAUAUUAUUUUAAGUUUCAACUCUCAAAUAUUAUUUCAAGUGCUAUAUUUAUAUACCUAUUAUUAUGACACAAUAGUAAAAAGCAUUUGAUUAUAAAAACAAAAUUAUAAGUGACGAUGGCUUUUCUUUUUUUUUUACCUCUAUACUCGAGUAUUCGAGUGUUGUUUUGUCGUUGAAGGUUUUCGUCGUGUUAACAUCACUUAACAUCACUCGCAUAUACCAAACUUAACGAUGUUAAAACAACGAACGACGAGACGGCAAAACAAAUAUCGUCUUCGUCGCCAACGACCGUAUCGAAGGUUGUCUAAGGGACGACGUGCCAGCAAUUCGUUCGCUUUUCGAAUGAAAUAAACUCGUUUGUAUUUGUAACAUUCGACCGUCUUCUAUGUAAUACAGUCGUUGUAAAUUGGCCGACAUUUUUUUUCUCCGAAUAUAAAGACCGGACACGACUAUUCCUACCAAGUUUGCAGACGUAAGACCUAUAAUAGUUGUCGAUUGUUGUGCCCGUCCUUUUUAUUACGCCGAGUUAUAGUUUUAUAUAAAUCAAUCGGAACUUCCUAUGGUUGUUAUUUAAUCGUAUUGUAACUGCACGGGACGAGUGAAAAAACGCCGAGUAAGUCGAUAAUCAUUAAUAGGUUGUCAUAUAUAAUAUAACCUUAAAAACUUAUAAAAUCUAUAAAAAUGCAUUACAAAAUUUAAAAUUGUAUUAAUUUUUAAAAAAGAAAUUAAUUAAUCAAUUUUACUCAAGUGCUAAGUAGUUUUGAGGGUUCAGUGUUAUUAUCGAUUGAACAUAAAGUAAAAAUUUGCUGAUAAAAUAGGAAGGUACUAAAACUAAAUAAUAUAUCGCUGUAUUUUAUUCCACGGAUUGGGAAUAAGACAUAGUACGGAAACUGACAUAUACCUGUUUAUUUAUAGACAAUUUUGUUAUGUGGUUUUCGCCAAAGGGGAUAUAUACCCUACAUGACCUUAAUUUUAGUAAGGCCAUAUAAAAGUUAUAGCACAGAAUAGAUGAUAAAAUAACAUUUAUUAUCUGUAAUGUCUGUUUAUUCGAAUAUAUAACCAAUAACCACGACAACUGCAUUUUACGGCUGAUUGUUAUUUUUAUUUGUUAUUAAAAAUCUAUGGAUCAUUAUUUUUCUUAAUUUUAAGAUAUUUGUAUAACCAUCUCAAUUGGUUAACAUUGUUAGCCUUCCAUAGAAAAACACAUAUUGAUCUCAAAGAAGUUCUUGAUAAAAAAUCAAAACUAAUUAUUUUCGCUUCAAAAAUAAUUUUAAAAAAAAACUGAUCUAAUUUUGUAAAUUAAUUAAUUAAAAUAAAAAUCGUAUGCAUAUGAAGCAAUCUAUUAUAUUAAUAAUAUAACAUGUAUUUAAAUUGAACGUGUAUUCUAAUGUUAUUGUGGGAUAUGAUGGGAAUGCAACCCCCAAGUCUCACUUUGCAAAUAAUUUAUAUAUCGCCUUCUCCCUGUCAAUAGAAAUGUCUGAGAACGCCAUUACACCUAACGAAUAGCAAUAGUUAGAAAUUCUAAACUUAGAUCCGAAGUAACGCAAUUACCUACAGAAAUGUUUCGUCGUAAACGUGAUUAGAAUAUUAUUAUUCACACUGCUGUAGUUCUUCGCGGAUAAACUUCCAAAGUUACCGUUUAGAUAUACGGAAAUUAUUGUCAAAGCGAUUUUCAGUAUUAAAUUUUCAUUCUCGUUAUCAUAUUAUUAUCUAUGGGAAAUGUACACAGCUUCAAUAAUAAAUAUCAUUCAUAUUCACUCGGGUAACGAAUAAAUAUUUGUUAUAUUUAUUCACUUUUUUCACAAUACGAAUAUAUAAUAUUAUAUUUACAAAGCGAAUACAUUAAAUGUAUCCCCUUACUGGGUAUGUAUUAUUUAUUGAGUUGACAUUAAGUAUAACAUUAUAUUAUAGGAACGGUCGACCUUGUUUUACAUUUUUGGUUAGGUAUUAGAAAUAAAAAAUUUACAUUGUUUCGCAUUUUUUUAGACCAAAAAACGGUCGUAAUGUGUAUUAUUAUUUAUUAAUUAUACUAUGCCGACGUGCGUCAAUAAAAUAUUAAAAUAUAAAUACCACUCCGUAAAAACGUAUUAUUUUUUUAUUAUAUUAGGUCCUUUUGUGGUUGUUAUUUUCUGAAGUUUUAAACAAAUAUGUGUUUCGAAAUGAAAAAAAGGCGAAAAGACCUUUUUUUGUGGAUGUGGGGGACGCAGUUUUGGAGUUUUAUAGGACAUUAUAUUCCCAGCUCUAUUUCUAUAAGGCAGUGAUUUGUAGAAAAUACUUUUUUUUUUUUUUAAUCUAAUUAUUGUAAAAAUAACCUCCCUAUGUGAUUGACUUCGGGCCUUGCAAGUUUUUAACCAUUUAUUUUGCUUUGUUACGACAGGUUCCAAUAUGCUUGUCUCUUAUAACACAUUUUUACCGUAUUUUUCCGCAACAAAAUAAUUAUAAAAAUAUAUGAUUUAUCUAUACAGUUCAAUAAAAAAAAAUACUGUGUGUUUGAGUUUAUUAUUAUAAUAUUAUAUUUGGUAUUUUCAAAGUAUUGCGUGUUUGAAAUUUAAAAAUAUUUAUUCUGAAUUUCAAGUAGGUAUACAUUCUGUCUAUUCUAACCUAAAACCUAAGGGGAAUUCAAGUGCCUUUUUUUCAAAAUAAAAAAAAGUGUUUUCAACGCAUACGGAUUAGUUUUUCUUUUUUAAGAAAUAUUACGGUAAAUAAAUUAACGGAGCGGCGGAAAAUUCAGACAUGCAAAAAUUACCGAAAACCUCCGCGAUUUCAUAUUAACAUUUAAAUUAAUAGUGAACGUUAUAUUACCGGCUAACAAAUCAAAAUGAAUCCUUAAAAAAUAAAAUUCCUACGAAUCUAAUUUUUCGGUUGCACCGAGAAAUGUAUUGGUUUUACUAUGAUGUUUGCUUCUUUUUUUCUGUCUGUAAACAAAUUUCCUACCAGAAAUUUUUUUAAAAAAUAUUUUCUGAUUUGAAUAUACACAAUGUUUAUCACAUACAUUUUUACCAAUAUGAAAACUAUAAUUGUAGCAGCUGUAUUAAUUUAAUUAUACACAAGUAACAUUUUAAAUUAUUGAUAUUAUAAUACAUUUUUACCAAUAUAAAAAAUGUAUUUUGAUGUUUUGUUUUUAUUUUUAAUUUGACGGGACUAAGUUAGUAUUAAAACAUGGACUCAAUUAGUAUGUACCUAGAAACAACUCGGGAUUCAAUUUGUCCUAAAAGAUUUUAUUGGGACUCAGUUCGUAUACAGUCGUACGUGGUAUGUCCGUAUCUCCGUUUUUUCUCGUUCUUUAUAGAAGACCACGGUUGUCACACUUUGGAUAAUAUUGUACGUGCAUCGCACGUUUACCGCAUUAUAAAAUUAAGAAUAAUACCGAGUCUGCGCGUAGGUAUGCGUUCGAAAUCAAAACCUAUAAAUAUUCGCCACGUGUAACACGUGUACAUUACUGUAAUGUCGUCCGGUGGCCAUUUGCAACCGAAAACCGAGUCUCCGUACGUACACUUAAAUAUUAAAAUUUUACGCGCUCAAAAAAUCCGCGCCGCAAACGCGUGCAUAUAUACGUGUAACUGUACGCCGUAUCCUAAGGGUCAGUUUCGCGUGUAUAUACAGGAUGUCGUACAACGUUAUCCGAACGCUAUAGUAACUCUGUCGAUGUUCAUUUUUUUUUUUUUUUCCAAUCGGAUUUUGUGUCGAGGGAACACGAGUUUUGGAGAGAAAUUGAAUUUUUAUUUUCAUCCCUUACAAUCGCUGAAAAAAAAAAAAUAACUUAAACAUUUUCAAAAUAGCCAUUUUAUACAAUAUUUGCAAUGUUAUUCGAUAAACAUUUUAAUGUAUCAUACAUUCAUAAUAUCCAGUUCCUCGGUUACAGCGGCUUUGACGUGUAUGUAGACGUGAAAACAAUUAAUAUUCAAUAGAUGACAAGGAUAAUAAAAUUACCGCGCUGAUUGUGAUUCGGUAUCGCGUACCGCGUUCUUCUAUUGAACGUUAACUGUUUUCAACGUCAAUUUUCUAGGAUAUUGAAACGGCUGCGACGCAGAAACUAUAAUACCGAUCGAACACGUAUUAUAAGCAGUACGGCGGACGGGAAUAUUUAGAAUAGUACGUUUAUGUAAUAAAGUCAUGGGGUUGUUUUUUUUUUUUUUUUUUCACCGAUCAAGGGACGGAAAUGAAAAUCGAAUCAAAUACAUUCGUGUACCGCCGAUACGAAUCCCGAUUGAAAAGAAAAACAAAAAGAAAACAAAACGAAAAUCGAUAGAGUUAUCGGCAUUCGGAUAACAAUAAACUCCGGGACGCCCCCCUCCCCCCGUUAACACGUACAUUAUUGUACGCCGUUGUGCAUACCCGCACCGUAUACUGUGUACGCGGCCUGUGCGCGCCGCAACGUUACCGAAAUUCGUUUUACAAAACGAACGCCGCCGCGCAUAACAAUAAUUACGAAAUAUGAUUACGGCGGUGAGCGGGGCGACCGCGAAUUUCCGCGCGACCCCCGGGGCACACACUCCGCCGCCGCCGCCGCCGUCCCUUUCUCGGCGUCCCAUUUCCCCCCUCCCCCCCCCCAGACCGUUCGCGCCGCGACCCGUUUAAUGCACGCGCGCACGGGUGUGUAGCGCGAGGGGGGGGGGGGCGGCCCGCGAGUAUGUUACGUACCCGCACCGCUGUAAUGUAAAUAAUCCGAUAUUGUCGCCGCGCGGGCGUAUUAUAUCAAUUAUCGUUGCGGGCGCACCGUCGGCGGAACGCGAUUUCGCGGUAUACGUGCCCGCCCGCGCGUACGUACGCACCUACGCGCCACUACGCGGUACGCGCGCGAUAAUUACGGCCGGCGGUAACGCACGCGCGUACCGCGAAAAAACCCCGUGGACUCGCGAACUGCGGUUCCGACCGACAGAGCCGCCGCCCGCGCGGUUACCGCGGUCCCGUCCCGUACGGCACCGAAAACACCGUGAUCGCGACGCCGCGUCCGCUGCGACGACGAUAGUAAACGAUAACGGCGCGUAUACUCUGUUGUGCCGACGCGGCGCCGUGGUGUCCGAUUGAUUCGUUCGCUGCUACCGCGUCGGCCGAAUUAUAAUUCCGCCGCAUCCGCACGCCGCGGGUGCGCCUGCGCGGCCCUUGGCGCGACGUUGUUGUUAUUAUUAUUAUUAUUGCGACGGCGAUCCGUGAGAAUAAACAGCAUACGCGAAAUGGAAAUAAAUUGAAAAAAGCCACUACUGUAUGUCUGUACCCAUCACAUAUAAUACCGCUCUUACGGACAGCCAACGAGUGUAUAAUACGUGCACGCGAUGAUGGGAGCGGUGGGCGGGUGCGCGGCCGAAACGUCGUUUGACAGACCGAUUUCGUUUCGUGUUUUUUUUUUUUUUUUUCUAUAUAGGUUUUUCAUUAUUAUUAUUGUUGUUGUUGUUGUUGUUGUUACCGCGUUGUAUUUGUUGUUAGAUCGAAAAAAUCCGAUUUCGAAACUGUCGCGACUCCCGAUGGCUACGGUAAAUAUUUCUCUGAGAAAAUAAAAACCACCUAUCUGUGUAGCGUUCUAUAAAACAAACAAACAAAAAACCAAAACAAAAAAAAACUCCGUACGAAAAAUAAUCUACGUACCGACCGGUAUUAUUUUUAGCGGGCGUAUCAUCCUAUAAAUAUUAUUAUUACCGGUUGACUUCGAAAAUCUUCUAUCGCGUAUUUUUCCUAAUAAUAAUCGUUAUCCGGGCUCGGUUCUCGAGGAGUUCGCAUUAUUUCACUACAAUUAUUAUUAUUAUAUUAUACAUACCUCUUAUAUUCAUACUGGUAAAAAUCCGUGUUGUGAAACGCCAACUACGCCUAAAAUUCCGAAAAUUUCAAUCGAACAACAUGCCGUAUGUUUUCUUUUCAGUUUAGUGUGGUAACUUCGUAUAAUUACGCUUAUGAAAAUAUUUUUUAUCGGAUAUUAUGUUUACUGGGAAAUUGUAAGAAUCCGGAAUAUAAUAUAUUCUAAAUUCCGAAUCUAAAACAUAGGUCCGAAGUCUUCUAUGCGGAAAAAUCGUAAAUAACGGUUUAGAAAUGACUGCUUUAAUUUUAUCGAAAUGGCCAAGUUAUUUAUUUCUAAUAUUUAAGCUUUUUAUAUAUAUAUAUAUAUAUAUUACAUAUAAUUUGUAUAAUUUUUAAAAAAAAAGCUGACUUAUAACUCGAUUUUGAACUUUUUGAUAGGUCUCUGUCCGGUUUCGGUCAUACACAAUCGACACUACCAUCAUAUUAUUGUUUAUUGUAUUCGGCUUUUCCGUACCUUCCUAUAGUAAUUUAUUAUCAUAUACAUACGUGUUGUACGGUUUUGAAUAAUUGCUCGCGAUUAGUUUGCGGAUAUUAACACUAUAACAUCGUGUUGUAUUCCCAAAAUCAUGAUAUUUUACAUACGACGUUAACCCACGGUGUAAUAUAUUAUUAUCAUAAUACGAAUAUUACACCGACACCGGGGAAUGAUUAGUAAAACGAUAUACCGUCAUUAAUCAUUACGGUAUCGGUCGUUAUUAUUUACUAUUAUUAUUAUUAUAUUCGCGACGUAUGCUAUUAUUAUGAGGUACAAUAUUAAUAUCGUAUACAUUUUAUGAUGUGCGGGGUACAAGCCCGCGGAGAUAUUCGACUGGAUCAAGUCAAAUCGAAUAAACGAAAAAAAUCAGAAAAACAGUACAAUUUAAUUCGACUCCUCGGGCCGAAUAGUUACACAGCCUGUUCCGUUGUUUUCAGUUGAAUGUACAAUGCGUGGUUUUUUUUUUUUUUUUUUUUUGAGGGGUGGAGGGUGUAAGGGGGCAGUGACUUAACCAGAGAGAAUGGGUGUUAUAACCUCUCAACAUUUUGGAUAUUACGUAAUGCGUGUAUUACAUAACGUGCAUUGCAAUUACGGACAUUUCAUUGUAAUUUUGAAUACGCGCGCGUACGAUACGUAAUAUGAUGUAUGGUAUAGUAACCGUAUUUACCUACUUGUAAAUUAUGCGCCUACAAAACCGAUCAUGUUCAAUAAUGUCCAAUAGGUAGCUCGACAGGUUUGGUACAAUAUUAUAAACGUUAGGGGACAACUGGCCCGAUCUGGCCGAUCGCAAAUUUAUUGCGAUUUUUUUUUUUUUUUUUUUUUUUAGGAGGGGGAGGUGAGAUUUUUCCGUUCGUUUGUAUGAUAAUACUUUGUCUCAUUUAAUACGAUCGCGAUCCACAAAAAUAACAAACUAAUGUAUGCCGGUUUGGCAAAUUUCUUGUUGUUAACAAUAUCAUUCUUUGGUUCUAGCAUCGAUUAUGUAUAAAUAUAUAUGAUAUUAUUAUGUAUAAUCAAUGGUCCUAAAGAAAAAGAGCUCAAAUACAUUGCAGAUGAAAAUUUGAAAAAUACACACAUAUAUGCAAUUUAGAACAAAAAAUAAAAGAAAAGAAAUUACAUUGGACAAAAAAAUGUCAACAAUUUACUUGAGCCCAUUUUUUUCCCGGAACCAAAAAAUUGUCAAACUAAACAUAGAUAUGUUUAAUUAUGAUCGGGACUUUUUAUUCAGUGAUGAUAAAAGUUAAAAUGCGAAACAAAAGAAAAACUGUAAUAAAACCGUCAACAAGUAGAAUUUACAUGUAUACGUACAUAAUAAUGUGAAAACUUAACUACCGUAUUGUAGAGUGUACAAUUUUUCAAACAUUUGACGUACGGUUCGAGAAUACUUACCGAAUACACACACUAUAUGGAUACGAUACAUUCCUGUAGAAUACUAUAUAAUAUAUAGAAGUAGGUUAAAUUAUUAUUAUUACAAAAAUAUUAUAACACCUAUUCCGAUGACAGAAAAAGAACGUAUAAAUUUGAUUUGAAACCGCGAGGUGUGUUUUAUAAUAUUAUAUUUGGAUACCAAUUUUGUUUUAUUUUCUCGUAGCUGUCGACGGUAAUACGAUAUUUUCUGGCUUAUUCUACACUAUAUUAUAAUACCAAAUAUCUGUCAAUAUUUUAGUAAAUUCUGUUGGUACAACGACAUUCAUCGUUCACACUUUGAAAAAUCUAAUUUCCUCCGAGAACGGUGAAAAUAAAUUAAACCCAACCCAUAUCCGGAAUACUUGCAGCGACGAUAUUUUCACAAGCACGGUAGAUCUGAAAUUUAAUAGUUUCAACAAAACAAAAAUAAAUAGCUAUAUUAUAUUAUUGUAAUCAUUUUUCCACGUUUAUAACUACGAUAUUUUUAUUUCUCGCAGAGUUCAAAAAUAUAAUAUUUUUAACCGCGAAUCAAUCCAAAUAGUAUUUCAAGGAUGCCCCCAACGAGCAAUGCUGUAAAUUAUUCGAAUGAAAAUGUAUUCAAAGAAAAAUAUUUUAAUGCUUUUUUGUGUUCGAAUAUUAUUUUAAAUACAUUUAAAAAUUUAUAAAACCUUUAUGAGAGUUUUAUUGAAAAAAAAUUGUCUGUAAUUAAAUUUAAAAUAGAAUUAUAUAACUAACCGUCACAAUAUUUACAAUAAAAAAAAAAAAAAUGCCUUGGGGGAAUUAAACAUGCAUAUCCUCACUCUCGGGUAAACGCCCUUGUUCUGAAAGGGUUUGAAAUAUAUUAAAAUACGUAUUCCGAAUGCAAAAUAAAAGUAUUCUUUACAGUAUUGUAAGACUGCUAAUGGGUUGUGACUUGUGAAUAAGUGAUCACUAAACCAAUUCUGCACCGGGACAAUUCAUAAUAGCGGUCCUGAUGGAUUAGUUUCAUGUUAGUUACGUUAUGGUAUACAAAAUUACUUUUUACAUCUCGGGUUAAAACAUUGACUUCAAUACGAUUGAGAACGUUCGACCUUUUUUAGCGCAUGAGAACAUCGAGAACACUUGAAAUGGAAAAAUGAAACAGCCGCUGACCCACAAAAAAAUCAGUACUAUUGACGACGAAAUUGUGUACAACGUUGCCGAACUAUAUUCAAGUCAAAACUCAUAAAUAAAUUAUGAAAAACGUAUGCAAAAUAUAUAAUAAAACUGUAUUUGUGUGAGUUUAAAACAAUUCAAUUUCCACCACGUUCAGAGGAUUUAUGUCUUGGUUUUUUUCCAUUUUAUUUAAGUAUUAACGUAAAAUAUUUCGCACAUAAAACGCAUAAUACUGGAAACCACGUACUGAGUAUUCACUAAUACGUAUAUAUUGAUUAUUCGUUGCAAACAAUUCGUUACCUAUCGUUGUAUUUACAUUGAUAAUCAUUAUUGAUGGAUUCAGUAAUAUGCCAUCUCAAACAACAAAAGGUAAUCAUUGAAAUCGACUACGAUACAAGAAAUACAUAUGUAUAUAUUUUUUAUUGGUUGAAUUUUCAAAUUACUACAUAUUUGACAACGUCGCGUGGAAUUAUAAAAACCGAGCGUUCUCAAUCGUAAUAGUCAAAAGGGUCUAAAAAAGUCAUCGACGAUAAUGACCGUUCUCAGUCGUAUUUCUGCCAAAAUAAUUAUAAUAGCCAUAUUGCAUAAUAUCGUCGUAUUGUAAAUGUUUAUCUUUACUCGUUGGGCAUCUACACAUCUUCAAUUCGUGUUUUAAGUUCACCGUUAACGUGAUAAUAUGCGCGUAUAUAUGUUAGUCUUGUUAUUUUUUGCAUAUUAAUUCAAAAUUAUUAUUACGACAUUCUAAUAUAUUAUUCGUCAGACAGAACACGUUGAUGAUUUAUAAAUAUGGAUUCGGGUAUUUUUUUAUUAUUAUUAUUAUUUUUUUUUUUUUUUUUUUUUUUUAGUUUUUGCGUUUCCAACGGUUACGUUUUGUGUUUUAGUAUUCAUGGGGUGACUCAAACGGCAAAAUGUACGUACAACCGCAUAUACUAUUUCGAGUAUUAUACAGACAAAGUAUCGUCUAUGUAUCAUCGUUUAUACAAAAUGUGUUUCUGGCUUGAAUCAACAAUGUGUGCGAAAAUUCCACGUCGCUCACAGAUUGAAACAAAUAUAUUAUUUCGGUACUAACCCCCGAAACGUUCGUAUGACGGUAUAUAAUUUUUCAACGUGCCGUACCUACCACUUUUCUUGUUUUUUUUUUUCAUCUCUAGUUUUCCGAGCGCGUGCAAUACGUAUUAAUAACAGUGAGUUAUAACACGUUACUGAUUUUACUUUUUGGCCGCAUCGUUAAAACUCGUCAAGCACAUAAUAACGUAAAGGAACCUAUAGUUAAUACCAUGCGAUUGAUUUUAUAUUUUCUUUUAUAUUCGUUCUAUAUACCGAAAGUACCGAGUGGAAGAAAACUGUUAUAAGUACCUACUUGUAUUUUUCACAUAACAAAAUUAUUCUAAAAAUUAAUAAUGCACUUUUGACUAACACUUAUGUUAUUUUAAAUGGUAUUCUACUUAAAUCCAGAACUAUUAAUACGUUCAAAACACUUUUUUGACAACUAAAAAAAAUUAUGGGAAAAACUGUAGUUAAAACAAAAAAAAAAAUCAGUUUUGCGAAACGAUUUCAUUUAUAUAAAUAUUUACUGAAAUAAAAUGAAAUGUAAUAUAAAAAACGAAAAUUAAUUUGUACACCUGCUUACUUAUUAAUACUAAUGUAUGCAUAAAACAUAAUCAUAGUAUUUUGAAAAAAAAAGCUUUUAAAUAAAAUAUUAAAAAAAGAAAUCUUGUUUACAUUUCAAAUGAAAAAAUAAUAUAAUGUAUUAACUCAUUUUAAUUGGAUUAUGCUGCGACCAGAGUAGGCACGUAUAUUGUUUUAAAUAAUUCAAAAAAUAGUAAAUUGUUCGGAUAUUAACCAACUUGGAGUUAAUUGCGUUAAAAUAUUGUAAAAUUGCUAAGGAAGAAAGAAAAAAAAAAGUAUUCGAGUAAGUAUAUAUAAAGCCUUCCGGCAGUGCGAAAUAAUGAACGAACAAAAAAAUUACCCAUCCGGGUUUUUUCCAAAGUCAAGUUUAAUCAAACAGAUACAUUUAUUUUUGUAAAAUAACAAAUACAAGACGUUAGCUAUACAUAGUAUAUGAUAUACCUAAACCAUUUUUAUAGACCCACUGUAUAGUGUUUAAAAGUAGAAUAUAGAACAAAAACCACGUAUGUAAGCUUGAGCUUAAAUAAAAUAUGAACUUCUGUUCCUGUUAUUAUUUUUCAUUUUUUUUUUUUUCACUUACAUCAGCAACUAUUUUCGACCGCCGUCGCAGAACAAUGUCGGAUUUCGCAUUAGUGACCAGCCAAGCGCAACGAAUCCGUAUAGCCUAUGUGGAUGCUGCGAUAUUAAUAUUUAAAUAUUAUUAUACUCGUAUAUCGGAACGUACUGUGGCUACGAUUUCCAUAACGACAAUACGGAUAUAUUUCUCGCGGAUAUUAAAAAAAACCCAACGACCUACGGCGCGGUGGUAUUCGUUUCGAAUCUCGAUGCGUGCUACAACGGCCUGUAGAUGUUUUGUUUAUUGUGUUUUUAUAUUGACUCUAGUCGUGUAUACGCAUAAUAAUCUAGGAGAAAAAAAAAUCAAAUGCAUAAGGGAAAUAUUACCAUUUUAGUUCGUGUAUAUGUACGCAUAUAAUAAUAAUAUAUUGAAAUCUCACGACUCGGAAACCGGACAUGAAUACUAAUGCUCCGAAGGUAUAUAAAGCCUUCCGGCAGUGCGAAAUAAUGAACGAACGAAAAAAUUAUGUGAAAUAUUAUAAUAUACCGUUUCGAGGGCAGUUAAGUUGUAUAUGUACAGUUUUGAGUAUUAAAUAGGGGGUUCACCGAAGCACAAGGAGAUACGCAAAAAAAUAUACGAUAGGGGUGGUUAGAAAUAAUUUUCAACUCAAAGGACGAGCGGUUUUACGCUUGGAAAUAAAUAUUAGGUACCUACUGCAGAUAUAGAUUGCACUUUGCACUUUGAAAUUCUUUCGGUCUUUGGCUUUUUACAUAGAGAAUAUUCGUUUUCGCGCCGAUUUCAUAAUUACAUCAGUAAUAAUAUUCCCGUACACGUAAACUUUUUUUCUUCAUAUCUCUUUGAAACUCGAAUUAUCCGUUUAUACUCACGUCUACACCCGACACUAAAAUAUUCAAUUCUUGCAAGUCGUUGUUGUUCUUGUUAAUAUUUAAGUACAUACUUUAUUUCAAAACUUUAACUGCCUUUUUCUCUUAAUUUGUAUUUAUGUACAUUCGCCAAGCACGAAAGUUUCCACAUUUCAUUAUGAAUUACAAUAUUAUUAUAGUUACAGACUUAUCUACCGUUGGUUUUUUUCCUCUUUUUAACUCUUAAAAAUAUACUCUCUUUGUCUCGCUAUUAUAACUACAUUUUGAAACACGUUUAAAUAUUAUUAUUUAUUUCAGCAUUCCCGGUUUUAUUUUUUUGCUUUAACAUCGAGCUGAAUAUAAUUUUAUUUUUCUCGUCCUCUGAUCUAUAACAUUAUUUAGUAUAGCAUAAUACCCUAUAUUUUUGUACACACAUUUUUACAGAAUUUGAAUGAAAUUGCUUAAAUAAAUACCUACAUUUUUAUUUGUUUGAGAUUAAUUCUUUAUACAUGAUCAAAAAGUUUGGAUGAAAAAAAAUAAAACAGGGAAUUACAGGUAUUACAUUCAAAAAAAAAAUGUUCAGAUCAAAAAAAGACUACAGCGUUGGGCUUACAAGGCGUGUAUGGAGAAGCCAAAAUCCACUAGGUACACUAUAUACUAUACCUACUAUACUAUACGAGCUGACAGUGGCGCACCCAAGAUGUUAAGAGGGGGGGGGGGGGUUAUUAAAUUGAAGAAAAAUUGACGUUUUCUUUUUUCAAACGUUUUUGAAAAAAAAAAAAGUUUUACAAAAUACAUAAUUGUGAAAUUCAGUUUAUACUUAGUUGAAUAAGUAGUGCAUAUUUCCAUAUUAAUAUGCAAUUUAUUAGUGAUAAUUUGUAAAUCCUGAAUAGUUUUUAUUGUUAUUUUUCGUAUUCGACACAAUAAAUGGAGGGAGGGCGAAACUUCCUUAAUCUUUUUCCAAAGUACACCAAUGCGGACAAUGCUAAAACAGAACCCAACGGGAAAAAUACUUUUAGGAAAGCCGAGAAUGAGCACAUAAAACGUAAUAAAAAAUACGGACAUACUUCGAAUCAUAAUGGAUGGGCUACUAUUGUAGGUAAGAAGUUGGAAAGUUAGAGAGUAAAUUUAAUGUAUUUGCAAUAUACUUAAAAAUUGAAGCAAAAUUUCUAGUAGAAAAAUUGCUCACAGAAAAAAGAAAUAGACAUCGUUGUAAAACCAAUAAGAACGUGAAAACGUUUAGGGGUGGAUCAAAUUUAAAAUUGUUUUCCACGGAUAUAAAUAGCUGGAUAAUUGGUUGUAAGACAUAUCUCAGUCCUAUAGAGGCCGAAUAAACCCAAACAAUACCUAUUAAUACCGUAACGUUCUAAGAAGCUUAUUGUGGCAGAUUAACCUGUUCUACUGUAUUAUUCGAAUUCCACAGAAGCUAUACAAUAUGAUUGUAAGAUACUUUAGUUAAACCGCAUGCGACGCGACGCAAUAAUAGUCGUUAUACAAAUGGUCAAACGGUUUUGUUUCCAACGAGUUCCCGUUGUUCAGUUAUCAAAAGAGCCACUUAAACUGAGCGACAAUAUCUUCUAGACAUAGAUAUAUAUAAUCCCCUCUCCGAACCGCUUAAAUUAAGAUCAUUUUAAUCUUAGUUAUUAUUAUUAUUGUAUUUUAUUUUUUUUAGCCAAUUUACCAUGGUAAGUUUAUUAUUUCCAAUCCAUCCAUCUUUAAUCCUACAAUUCAUCUUCUAGUUUUCAUCCCAUACUAAUAUUUAUCGCAUAAAGUUUAAACCACAACAAAAUUAACAUUUUUAUUUUCGGUUAAAAAAAAUAUAUAAAUGUAUAUAUAUAUAUAUAUAUAUAUAUAUAUAUAUAAAUGUAUAUAUAUAUAUAUAUAUAUAUAAUAAAGGUAUAAAAUAGAGAAAUUGUUAUGCUUAUGACGUAAAAUUCAAGUGAUUAUUACUAGGCAGAACAAAUUUUUAGAAUAUUGAACAGAACAAAUGUUAAUGCAUCAUUUGUCAGAUCUCCGUGGAAAACCAUGUGUAUAUUUUUUUAAAAUAUUCGUACACUGUCGACUCAUCAAAAUCCAUUAUCCCUUUUGGUUUUUACCGCUAUAGUUUGUAAUUAACUUUUCGCGUCAUUAAUAUUGAUAGUAGAUAUGCGGACCUAAUUUAUUAGUCACUAUAUAUAGACAGUCGUAGAUUCUCUGCUACAUCACCGAUGAAAUUUCCGUCAAUCCACUGGACAUUCACAUAAUUUAUACAAUAUUAAUAUUCGGUCGAAAUUUCCCUGGACGUUUUACGUAUUACAUAUUUAUAGUGUUUCGAAUAAUACAUUUUUCCGAUCCUUCCCAUUCACCCUCACAUAUUACCCAAGUCUAUAAAUCGUUCGUUUUUAUCAUCGGUGAUAAAAUACGAAAUAGAACACGAUAAAACACACGAUAAAUUUAAAAAAAAACUACCCUUCGAUAGUUUUUUCGUCUUGAAAAUACUCAUCUUCUCCCUUUACGUUUUCUUUUUUUUCAAAAUUAAAAAUAUUAUUACAAACGUAUACAAAUUGGUUUUUUUCUAUGUUUUUCAAUAUUGUAAGCUUUACAUUAAACAUUUUAAUAAUAAAUAAUAAUAAUUUUGAACAUUCGGUCGAAUCAUUAUGUAUUCUCGAAUAAUCAUAAUUAACUCUUUUAAAUUAAUUGAGCGACUUAUCUCUUUCAGUGCAAAAAAAAAAAAAAAAAACAACAUCUUGCCGUUACUUUUAUAGGUAUUUAAGUAUUGUAAUAUUUCGGACAUUUAAUUGGAUAUUGUUUUUUUUUUUUUGCAAAUAAUUUCGAUUGGAAAGUCACAAUUAAUGUUUCAUAUUAUUUGUGAAAUGUGUACUAAAAGUAAUCGCAUUCUAAUGGGAAUGUAUUAAGAUUUGAAUAGUCCAUUAACUUCGAAUAUAACUAAAACGCUAUUCCCACCUUGAAGUAUAUUAUAUUAUUUUUAAUUAAUUGUGUCAAUCUACAACGAAGCUUUCAAAAUUUGUAAUAAUUAACAUUCAAUUCUGAAUUGAACGAAGAAAUUGCUUGAAUUGAAAGUUUUUUUUCUUCUUCUCGGAAAACACGUUUUUGUUUAAACAAAUGUUGAGAUUCGUUCGUAAAAUAUCUAAGUACAUUGAAAAAUGCGUGCAUUUUCGCCCGGUGGAACUUUAUUUGAAACCUUUAGUGAGAUUUUCGGCAUUUUACCCCCUAGGUCCUUUUUUCGUUGUUAUUUAAUUUUUGUUGGUUACUCGAUUACAAUAAGGGGGACAAAACGACUAAUACUUCGCCUUUCAGAAUCGUUUUUUUUCGUUUUAAAUCAUUGUUCGUUGCAUACUCUGUAUACCCGUCACUUGUUUUUCACUAACAGUGUCAAUUUUUAUAUUUAUAUUAUAAUGUAUAUAAUGAGACAUAGGUAAUAUAACAACCGUGAAUCGAAUUUUAACUAUACCACGACAAACACUUUGUUUUAAUUUAUAAUUGUACACAAAACCAAUAAUUCAUUGCUAACGAAAUACAAUCAAUAAAAUCAAGUCAGCUCAAUGCAUCGACUAGAUAGUAUGAUUUGCAUUCAAAAAAAUAUGUAAUACACGUGUAAAGAUGUUAACAGACAAAAAAUAAAUAAAAUACAAAUAAACCCAUUAGAGUAAAAACAAUAAGUUUCAGAAUCUAAAAAACAUUAUUUUUGAAUAUUGAUAAUGUGUAGGUAUUUAUUUAGGUAUAUUAUAUUAUUAAACAUACACCCGCUAUUGUUAAUCAAAUCGUAUCGAACAUUUUGACAAUGUUUAUUGCUAGAAUACUUAUUAAUUUUUUAUUUAUAAAAGUCCGUAGACAACUGCAAAAAACACAUAUUAUAUAAGUAUAUUGCGUAAAAUUAAUUCGUAAUAUUUUUUUUUUUAAAAGCUUUAUACUUAAAUUAUUAUUUAUUAUAUUAGACUACGAUAAACUUUCGACGUAGGUCGUUACUAUGAUGCAAUUUAAUUAGAUUUCUUUCGCGUUUUUUUAAUAUUACUGGAAACAUUAUUAUUCUCGUUUAUCAUUAUAUGAUAUUAAAAUAAAAAACGGUAAGUAAUAAUAAUGCGCGUAAUAUAUUAUUAUAUUAAUAUUAUAUAUAAAUUCUGUUUUACAAAAUUAUUAUCAACACGUUGAAAUUACAAAAAAAAUUAUAUACUUUCCGACGCAUAAUAUCAUUAUUAUACUAUAAUCAUACUUAUAUUAUCAUUAAGAUAGAAGAAAUAACGGUCGUAAUAUUGGUUAUCUAACAACUAUUAGACAAGUACAUAGUACGUAUUUAUGAUUUCAAAUUUUAAAUUGUAUUUCAAAUUUGUAUACAUACCUAGGUUUUAUGAACAUUGAAUUCCGAUUAUUUUAUUUCGUUUUGUCCUUGUUUACACUGAACGAUAAUAAUAAUUGGGCUGCUAGGUAUAAUUUCACAAAAAAAUAAUAAUAUUAAUAAUAUACCGAAACGCACGUAUAUGUUUUAGAGUCAGAGCUAAUACAAUUCUCCCGGUUACAAUUACGGUUGGAAAGGAAAACCAUACGACUUUAAUCGGUUAAACGACCUAGGCUCCGUUCAAAAUCGUUUUUUGAACAUAACGAUUGAUUGUUAAAACGUUUAUAGUAUUUUUUUUUUCUUACCAAAUUACCCGACAUCGUUGUAAAAAGGCUCGAUGUAAAGUGAGCAUAUCUGGGGGUUUAAUUUUUAGUAUAAUUUUUCAUUGGAAAAAAAGGCAUUCAAAAUUAACAUAAUUAAUUUGAUUAAAAAAAAUUAAAAAUCGAUCCUAUGCACCGGAAAAAUGUAUACUCUAUAGUACAGUCUAUAAUAACGAUAAAACCUUUUAUUUUUAAAUUAACGCCGUUAUUUCUUUUUCAUAUAGUACGGUUAUAAACUGCAGUAUUAAAUAACGGUAAAAUAUAUGAUGAUAUGACACAAUUAUAACUUCCCUAUAAUAACAACUGAUAUAACGAGCGAAAAUUUUGAAAUAAACAAAUAUGUAUAGAUAACACCAUAAUAUAUUUUAUAAUACCAUAUAUUUCGAACCGUGGAUAUUAUCAUAUUAUAUAAAACGAUAACAUAAUAAUAUAAAAACGCAAUAAAAACCGUUUAAUUAACUACUAUAUAUUAUCGGUUCGAUCGUUAAAAAAAAAAAAAAUGCGUCUAAAAUGCUUUAACGGGUUAUUGGUUAGUAUGACCAGACGAGUGUUGUGCAAAGACGAUAGAUUAAUAACAUUUCUAGAUAAAAAUAAGCAUAGGAGUUAUACCGCUAGAAACAUGAUAUGUGGCUGAAUAAGUAUUUUAAAGAUUCCGAACGGUUCUAUAUUUUGUUUUUUAAAUUUUAAUAUUUUUGGAGAGCAUGGUGCAUCCGUUAAAAACAUAAAAUACAUACCUAUUAAGAAAAUUUAUAUAUCUGUACGGAACUCAACACACGGUUAAUAUUUACACUGUUCGUUCCUGUCGAUAAUAUUUUCGAAAAACUACAAAUAUUAUGCGUUCAAUUACAUUUGCGCAUAUUAUACUCUCGAUAUAAACACAAUUGUUAUUACAGCUAUACAUAAUAUAUAAUAUGCUCAAUAUAACUCAAUCAUUGUAUUAUAACAUCCAAUAAUUUUCACGCGUUGUGUUUUGUUUUAUGGUAGGUUUUUUGUUUAUCGUCUGCUGCAGCUAAACCCCCCGAGAGCAAAAUAAAAUUGAUGUAUGUAAUCGACAACAACGUAAAACGCAAUAUCCGCGAUAAAAUUCAAUAUAAAAUCCAAACUGCGUCGUUCUAUCAUUUUUUUUUUCUUAUACACAGGAAAAAAACAUAUUAUACUAUUCAUGCACUGUAUACGGACAUAAGUUCGAAAAUAGAAAACAAAAUGAUGUACUUACCAUGCAUAUACGCAGAACAAUAUUUGAAUAUAAUAUAUGAGUAUCACAUGUACAGUGUAUAAUAUAUACCUACAUUUAAAAACAUCACUGUAUCAUUUCGAGAAUUUCGCGCGGAGACCUUUGCGCCGUACAAUACGCACACAUAAUAAUAUUAGGAAUACUUUUCGUAUCCACAUAAAUCACAAAAUAAUCUAAUUUUAUGUACACCCUAUAUUAUAUACGUACAGAGAAACCUUCUCCGGUGUCUCGCCCGGCGAACAAAACACAUUAUGUUAUAUAUUAUGUGUUAUCGUAAUAAUUUAACAAAGGCGAGUAAGUAAUGCGUUAGUGGUGUAGGGAAAAAUAUAUACUUACGGUUUAAUACGUUACAAUAAUUUACAAUAUUCAAUGCGCGUAUACAAGUCGACGGGACAUAUUUUUAAAACUCGAGAGAAGACUGCCAAUGAUUCUCACUGAUGUGUUUCAGUGGCGUUAACAAUAAUAUAUUUACAAACGACCGACCAAAAGUGUUAGAGGUACAUCAUUAAACAAAUUUGAAUACACACGAGACAUAUUGUUUUAUAUUAAUUCGGUAUGAUUUCAGAAUAAUAAAAUAAAUAUCUUAAUCCGCGGCAAAGGAAGCCAGUAAAAAAACAUUUCGGUAAAUGGCCAGGUAUAACCGCACAAAUUUAUCCCCGUAAUAUUUAACACCCAACCAAUACAAUUUCUCUAGUGAACAUUUAUCCCCUCCCUCCGUGAUUAAAUUUCUCAAUAGUGAAUUUAUUGAAUAAUAUUUGUGAUAGGUAAAUCAUGUUAAAAACACCGAAAAAUACAAAUAAAAAAAUAAACGAUACGCGUAUUACAUAACUAUCGCUUUUAUUUAUUACGUUUUCUAUUCGUGUUUGUCCGCACAACUAUACUGCAACAAAUAGUGUAAACAUUUUUAUAACAUUACAAUAUUCCGUCUUUAGCGCCUUUCGUUAUGCGACAGAAGCUUCCUUUAAUAAUUUAAUAAUUAGUCAUUGUGUUCCCGGAGCACAAAAGGUUUUUAGUCUGUAUAAAAUAAUAAUAAUAGAGGAACAAGAAAAGGUUAUGACAUAACGUAAAAUUAAUAGUGUUCUCGUUCGUAUAAAAUAUAAUUCUUAUUGUAUAUUGUACACGACUAUCAUAACGAUUUUAAAAAUUAUGAAAUAUAAAAUAUAUGUAUUUAGAAUUUCACCUUUCCUUCCCAUCAAUAAUUAUUUAAAAAGUACCUAAUAAGGACAAAGUUUUUGAAAGCAUAUGUGCGGAGUGUGGCUUCAAAUAGCUUGACACAUUGGACGGAAGAGAUUAGGAAAACUAAUGAUUUUUGAACAUGUGAUAUGACACUUAAGAUUCAACAGACAGAAAAAUUAAAAACCUGCAAAACCCUAGAACAUUGUUAUUAAAGUUAGAAAAGAAAAGGACGAAAUAAUAAUAGGGCAUCUACCUUGCGGCCUGCAUAACAAUAUAUUUGACAAAAAGCAGCAAAACUAGAAGAGCAUAUUGAAAUCGACAUGCAAUGGACUGAGUGAAUGGUAUAACACAUUACAAUAGACCCAAAUAAGGAUAAUUACAAGAAUUUAAAGAUAUUAGUUAAGACGUUAUAACGAAAGGAAGGAAUGGAUGAUGAAAAUUUAGAAUAAAUCGAUUGGUUGAAAACGAGAAGAAGAAUAUAUUAUGUAUAGCCAUGACAAAUAAUUAUUGUUGUGAUACUUUAAAAUAAUUAAUUGGUUAUUUGUCAUUUUAUGAAAUACUUGAUUUUGAGUUAUUAAUUAUUAACCAGGCAUAUAUUAGGGUUGAAUUUUUUUAUAUAUUUUAUCAUCAAUUUAUCAAUAAAUAUACCUAUAAUGUUUUUAACUGAUAUUAAGUGAUUUAUACUAAAAUUAUAUUUAAAAUUGUUUUAUUUUAGGGAUUAAAUAAAUGA